GCACCUCGCUCCGCAGCAUCCAGACCUGGAGGGGCUGCGACCACGGGCCGAGCCCACCCAUUUCCCAGCCAAAGGACGGGCCCGCCGCUCUCCAUGGUACUGCGGAGAGCUCAGCUCCGCCCUUCUCUUUCAGAAGGACAGCACCCGGCGUCACGUAACCCAGCCUUCUCAGGCUCCACCACCGCCUUUUCCUUCCCAGCUCUUUCCCUCUCCUCCCCCUCCUCCUCCUUCUCCUCCUCCUCCUCCUCCUGCUCCCCUCCGUUGCCUGUUCUCCCCUCCCGCACUCCUGGAGAUAGACGCUCAAGCCUGACGCCUCUGAAAAGGCAGCAGCAGUCGCCUUAUCCAUAGACCUCAGGAAAUUCGCUUUGACCGAUGCAUGCUUCAGGCUCUGGCUCGAGCUAAGGGGAAUAACCGGGCAGAUGUCUGAGUCCUUAAAAAAGACAAGAUAAAACCAAAAUGCAUCACCAACACACAACCAAUUGAUGUGCUGGCAUCUUAGCUUGGCCCUGCAGAGGCAGAGAGAAAAGAAGAGGAGCUGUUGCGAUUUCCACAUCUAACAGCUUCUGGCUAUUUCGCAACUGCUGGGUUUGAGUCCUACUGUUGCCGUGGCUGAAAAGAGAAGUAAAAUCCAACUUGUGAGACCAUGCACAAGGAAUUAGGCUUUGGCUGCAGCGGUGCUGAAGCCCAUGCUAUGACAGAAGAAGCAGGCCUUUGAAGCUAUCCUCGGGUUAAGAAGUGGUGCCCUAAAGAGGCAAGCAUCCCUUUCUCCGUUCUGCUUUAAGACCCCACAUCUGAAGGAGACAGACUUGAGGCAUUCACAAGCAUCCAAGGAUACUGGCUCACUGCUGGCUUCCUGUACUUUCUUGAGAAAAGUGUUUUCUUUUUACUGACUCUCACUGCUUCCUUUUGGCCUGGUACCACUGAUGGAACCUGGCAGAUAAUGGGAUUUGAGGAGUUAAGUAUCUGUUGACACUACAGAUACUCUUAAAUUAGUUAAUCAGACUCAAAUGGGUCAGUGCUUUCCCUUGAUCUUUUGUUGAAGCCUUUUCCAGAACGUUGCCUCCAAAGUGCAUCCUCCCUUUGGUCUGGAAGUUCUGUGGCUACCCUGUACCACUGGGGUCAACGUUUUCCAGUUGGAAGAGGACUACAGGGAGAGAGGGCGGGGUUAUUGGAAGAAGAAGAAGAAAAAAAGAACUAGAUAAAGGAAGGCACAUCCCUCUCACUCCCGCCUUUCUCCUUACCUUUCUGUCUCUCGGGACCCUUAUUUCUUCGUCACGGUGUCCAGGACCAUUUUGACCCUGUCGGCCCCGGCACCCCCCCGCCGCACCCCAGCCCCGAGCAUGGGGACGGCGCUGCUCCAGCGCGGGGGCUGUUUUCUUCUGUGCCUCUCGCUGCUGCUCCUGGGCUGCUGGGCGGAGCUGGGCAGCGGGCUGGAGUUUCCGGGCGCCGAGGGCCAAUGGACGCGCUUCCCCAAGUGGAACGCCUGCUGCGAGAGCGAGAUGAGCUUCCAGCUCAAGACGCGCAGCGCCCGCGGCCUCGUGCUCUACUUCGACGACGAGGGCUUCUGCGACUUCCUGGAGCUGAUUCUGACGCGCGGCGGCCGCCUGCAGCUCAGCUUCUCCAUCUUCUGCGCUGAGCCUGCGACGCUCCUGGCCGACACGCCGGUUAACGACGGCGCCUGGCACAGCGUGCGCAUCCGCCGCCAGUUCCGCAACACCACGCUCUUCAUCGACCAGGUGGAGGCCAAGUGGGUGGAGGUCAAGUCCAAGCGCAGGGACAUGACGGUGUUCAGCGGCCUUUUCGUCGGGGGGCUGCCCCCGGAACUGCGCGCCGCGGCGCUCAAGCUCACCCUGGCCUCGGUGAGGGAGCGAGAGCCCUUCAAGGGGUGGAUUCGUGACGUGAGGGUCAACUCCUCGCAGGCCCUGCCCGUGGACAGCGGCGAGGUGAAGCUGGACGAUGAGCCGCCCAACAGCGGCGGGGGAAGCCCGUGCGAGGCGGGCGAGGAGGGCGAGGGCGGGGUGUGCCUCAACGGAGGUGUGUGCUCCGUGGUGGACGACCAGGCCGUGUGCGACUGCUCGCGAACCGGCUUCCGCGGCAAGGACUGCAGCCAAGAAGACAACAAUGUGGAAGGUCUGGCGCACCUGAUGAUGGGCGACCAAGCAUAUGCAGUAAAGGGUGGUUAUGGUAAAGAAAAACCGAGAACCAUCAGAAGUUGCUGUCUGAAAGAAGAUCCUCAGUUUAAACCACUGUAUCCAAAAAAUAAGUCCAUUUUUCAUCCAUGCAUGACAGUUUGGGAACAUGCAGACAUCUUUGGCUUCUGGCUUGUAGAAUGCUGAGUAUAGUGUUCCACAGAAUCAAUACUUUCUCUACGUAGAUUUAUUGUAUGUCUCUCUUUUGUGUGAUCUUUUAAAACUGAGCAUGGGCCUUUCAGUUUUUUGCAUGUGCUUGCCUUCAAAAAAGGCAGAAUUCCCAACAUGUCCUGAUUGCAUCUCCAUUUGUCUUCAAAACCUUGUUUAUACUUUCAUGUCUUAUUUAAUUUUCAGAGAGUAGUGGCUUUACAUAUGUUCAUAAUUCUUAUUGUUGUUUUUCUCCUCUUUAUCCUCUUUGUCUGGAAACCCUUUCUUCAUGGACCCAUUUCAUCAAAUCCAUAGGUAAAAGUAAAGGUAUUACAUUAUUUUAUUUCUUCUUAAUAUCAUCUGUAUGAAUUACAGUAUGUCUGAGUUACAUAAAUGUAUUUAGACCUUUUGGCAUUGGUAAUGGGCACUGGGAGGUAGGUAUAUGUGUUAAUAAAUAUUUUAUAAAUUUAAGGUAAGAAAAAUCCAUCAAUAUGUUUCCAUUUUCGCCCCCACCCUUUUUUUUCUCUUUAGACUGAUCUUUUUCAUGUCAGGUGCUCACAUAAUUAAUAUAUUUAGAAAUUAGCUACAAGUUUUGGUGUCAGUUUCUGCAGUAUCAUUUAAUGGUACUUAAAUAAGUGUAGGAACUGUAAAUAUGUGAUCUUCAAACAUUCAGCUCUGGAGCACACCUGCUCUAGCCAUUCUGUAUUGAGACAUAAGUCUAAGCAUGUGCACCACUGAAAUGGUACUGCUGUGGGUGCAUCAUCUUGUUGUCUGCUAGAUGUCAUUUAUGCACAUGAACACUGUAGUAACCUAAAAAGGCAGCAUUAAGAAAGAGACAAACAGAGGAGCAAGACAUUUCUCUUUAUGCAUACUAACUUUGUUUUAAGGGCAUUAUCAACUAGCUAUGCAUUCCCGCAUUGCUUGGUAAGUCAGGCAUGUGUACUCUUUGAUGAUGUUGGUACAAAAUCCAGAAGCAUGUGUAAUUUGCCAUUUAAAACCAUCCUCAUUGUGUUUAAUGUUGUCAUUAAAAGGAAGUAAGUGGUAUGCAGCUGUGGCAAACAUAUAGAAUAGUCUUUAAAUCAACCAUUUUUAACUGUGUGUUAGUGAAUGUUUCUAUUUAGUUUCUGUUUUUUAAUUAUUAUUAUUAGUUUAAAUGCAGGAAUAUCUUUAUUCUUUCCUGUGUUCUCAGUGUUAAUCUGGUGAAUUGGGACCACAGUUCACAGUUCUGCACCUUUAUGUUUGUGUCAUCUAGCAGGAAAACUUUUCUGCUUGAAAAAGCAUCUGAACAUGAGCCAGGCAAUAUGUAAGAAAUGAUAUCAAUUUUAAAUGUGUAAAAUAGAGCUUUAGAAACAAAUGCUGUUUGAAUACUUUGAUCCAACAACAUAGGUUAUCACAGUUUUGGUUUUGGCAGCUAUUUUCAAUAGUAUAAUUUAAUCUCAUAUUAAGCCUCUAGCAACUAUGCAAAUGACAGUAUGUAUCAAUUAUUUUAGAGGUUUUGUGUACCAUUUUGAGUGCUUUCUAAACAUUUUUACUUGAGGCCAAAAUCUCAUCCACUGCGUUCUCUUAAGUGGGCAUUUCUCAUCAUGUUCUUUAGUUUGUGGACUUAGGAUGGCAUAGAGGGAAUAAUAUACUUUAUCUUACUGGCUGAGUAAAGUAUAUGUAUAUGUGUUUGUAUGUAUGCAUAUGUGUAUUUGUAUGGAUGCAUGUAUAAAUACACAAUUUCUAAGUGUAUACACUCAUAUAUUUGUUAUUUUGUGAAAAAGUAACUCAAAUAAUUUUUUAAUUAUACAACCAUUUUCUACAUAUGGAAUAGUUCAUGUUUAUACUCAGCUGAUAUUUGUUUUGGUGUACUUAAUGUUAAGUGUCACUUUAUUCAGUUUUUCUAUGUCAGUCUUAAAUGUUUUCUGUUGGCAUGUGUGUCAAACAUUAUUUUUUAACUUCACCGGUUUUCAUCAGAUUUUGUUCCUCAAUCAGCACAAAGACACAGAGGACAGGAAUUUGUUUUUUUCAUUGCAUUCUUCUUCUAUUAUUGGGACGAGUAAGCUUUUUGCUGUUAAAUGGAGAGAGAAAAUUUUUAGAUGGACUUGAGUAUUUUGCAAAUCAGAUUGGUACCCAUUUCAUGUUGUUUAAUUAGACGUAGAGAAAUGAGAAAGGUGAUUGUAAGUCUUCUCUAAUUGCAGAUUAAUUCAACAAAUCUAUAUUCUAGAGCAGAAAUACAAUCAUGACUAUGACAUGGCAUCCACAGAGUGUUCAUAUAACAAGGAAAUGAAAACAUGUGGGCAAGUUAGAAUGAAUGACAGACUGGAAGCGCUGUGAGACUGGUACAAAGUGAAGUAGGAAUUCAGAAAAAGGAAAGCAUAACAUCAAUCCAAGUCUGUCUUAUGUGAAUAUCCCCACCUUGUGCCAUCUGUUGGAGGAAUUAAAAAAAAAUCUGGAAAAAAUAAUUUAGGAACUUUACAUUGCAGUUUCCUAUGUGGAGUUAAAUCCUAGUUGUGCAUAAAAUCGGGGUUAAGUCUGGACAGUUUAUGUAACUGAUUUACAGUGUAAACUUAUGUUUCGUAAAUUUUUAUAUCUCAAUAUAAUCAUGGAGCAAUUUUCUCAAUUUUCCCACGUUUCUCUUGUGUGAGUAGUGAAUUCAGGGGAUCUGGAAUGAAGUUUUGUGGAUUACUGUCUUUCUUUAUGAAAAAAAGACUAGAAAAAAAUAGAUUCAAGAACAUCUUCAUUAUUUUGAUUUCUUCUUUAUGAAUUCUUAAAUAUUUUCUAACUGUUUAAAUGUCCAGUGAUAGAUGAAUAUAUUUCAUUAAAAAUAAUUAACACAUGUAAAAAGAACAUGCCUUUUGAUAACCUUCUUCAUCCUCCUCUCAAGUCCUUUCUCUCGAGGUAAGCACUGGUCUCACUUUGUGAUGUGUCCUUACAGAGUUGAUGUUGAUCCUUCUGUGCUCCAUAACAACUCAGGGUUUGGAAACUGCAAAAUCCCUUAUCAUGUGUACAUGACAAAAAUGGCGAAGUCAGCUGGAGACAUGUUAGAGACCACUGCUAUGGGCUGGCAGAAUCACAAUGAAUUAAACACGAGUUUACUCAUUCUUCUCAUAGGCCAUAGUGCCUCCUAUUUUUAAUUAGUCAUCCUGUUUCAAACUUUAGAGUCAGUCUGUCGCUUGUGUUUUUUACAUUCCCUAAACAAAGAUAUGUCACCUUUAACUGGAUAUGGUUAAGAAUAAACUUUGAAUGAAUUAUAGUUUUCUUUGGGGCAGCUGAAGAUCUGUUAUUCAAAGCCAACCUUACUUUUGCUGGUUGUGGGUAGAUGGAUUCAAAUAGUCUUCAUGAAAUUUGGAUCACAUUUUUUUGGGGCUUGAAAUUUGUCAAUGAUAUUGUUGUUAGGAUCAUUGAUAAUGCUAAUUUUAUUCUCCUUUCUAUUUAGAAUUUAGGUUUAUCUAUUUGCCUUGAAUGAAGUAUGUCUUUUCUCUUUUGUUCUUGUUUCUUUUCCUAUGUAUGUGUAACUGGUCACUUCAUUCCAAUAAUUGCUUUGAUUGUUUAUUUAUAUUUUACUUUAAUGGCUUAUCAGAAAUGAAUGACUAUUUAAAUUACAAAAAAAGUCAAAAUAUGUUGUACAUGAAAAUCAAGCCAUAAUAGCUGGUUAAUAGCUCAGGAGCACAAGUUAAUAAUUAUCAGCGAAUGUUGGCACUUUGAUUGGAGGCUUGUACUUUUCCUUCAUAAGUCAUCAUAAUUGUAAUUACAUAUUUGUAUUUGUGAUUAUACUUAAUGUUAACUUUUCCUAGUAGAGUGUAAGCUCUAUGAGGGCAGAAAGCUUGUCUUUCUCUUUGACCAUUGUAUUUCCAGAACAUUUUUCUUAUUGUAUCUUGAAUUUGCCAUUUUCAUGACUUAAAUGUAUUUGUUUGGGGGCGGUGGUUUCAACUGUCCAUUUUAAAGAGUCAAAUGGACAUUUAUUGUUUAAUUAUCCAGGCUUCUCAUGUUACUAGAAGAGCAAAAUAUUACAAGUAGAACUGAAAAGAAUAUAGUUACACAUUCUGAAAGUGCAUAAGCCUUAUUCUCUUUGUGAAGAGUAGAUCUUAAAUUAGUAUAAUUUAUAAAAAUAGUAAAGAUAGAUUUUUCUCAAAACUAAUUGUUAAAGCUAAUUGUAAUUGUUAAGACCUGGAUACAACUCUUCCACCUGAACUAAUUGAUGAGUAAAAUCUAAUAUUACCAUGUGCUUUAAAUUUUUAUCUAUACUGUCAUACCACAAUAAUAUUUCAUUAAACUUACUCUUAUAAUAGAUUUGAUAUUAUUAAUACUUAGAAAAGAAUAAAGCAUUUGGUGUUUUUUUUAAUACAUUUUCUUUUGUCUUUGUCUUAGUCCAUUUGGGCUUCUAUAUAAAAAUACCAUAAACUGGGUAGCUUGUAAGUAACAGAAACUUAUUUCUCAAACGUCUGGAGGCUGGGAAGUCCAAGACCAAGGGCGGACACAGUCGGUGUCCAGUGAGAUUUUGCUUCCUGGUUCAUAGAUCACUACCUUCUCUUUGUGUCCUCACUUGAAAGGGAGCAAGAGAGCUCUCUGGAGUGUCUUUUAUAAGGACAGCAGUCCCAUUCAUAAAGGCUCUGCCCUCCGGACCUAGUCAAAUCCCAAAAUCCCCCUCUCCUAAUCCAUCAUUUUGUGGGUUAGGAUUUCAGUUUAUCAAUUUUGGAAAGAUACAACAUUCAGAUCACACAGUUUCCAUGAUUUUUAUUUUUAUACCAUUUUCAAGUCCUAUGUUGCUAUAUAGCGAAUUUGUCUGUGAAGUGCACAACUUCCAGUUACUAAAAUCCUAAUGCAUAUUUGUUUUAUGCUUUUUAAAAUAUAUUUUGCUGUGAUUUCUGAUAUAGACCUAAUUUGGUUAUUAAAAUAUGAUAUGUAUCUUCUUCUGUAUAAAUUCUUAAAUUGUAUUUCCUCAUUUAGUUUCAUAAUAGUAAGUCAUCUGUUUGUUCAGAAAAGUUUGUGAAUGUUGACAGACCCUUACUGUUGAAAUGCCUGUGUUUGGUGCACAUACAAACUAAGAAGUAAGAAUUUUUUUUUAAAUUUUCUACUGUGUUACCUCUACUCUUGCAAUACUGGAUCCCCUUAACUCACAGCCACAGACCGUGGGAAGACCAGAGUUUCACCUUAUAAUAUCAGACAUUAAAUAUCUACUUUUAUCUAUACAGUACACAUAGAAGGCUAUGUGACUAUUUAGAAUUCAAUGUUUAUUUAGCAGUUCAUCUUUAGCUUACAUGUUCGUUAGUUAUGAGUAGAACCAAGAAAAACUAAUUGAAGAGUAUAUGCUUAUGUAUUAUCUCUUGCUGUGAUUUAACCAAUCUUGUUACAUGUAUUACUAAUAAAAGUCCCAGCUUGAUUGUAUUUCUGUAAUCCUGGCUCUGUGAAGCAAAGUUUUCUGUGUCAUUAUACAUUCCUUAAACAAUGAUAACAUUGAAAAACUGAUCAUCUAAACAAGACUUUUGCUAAACUUGUUGUAGACUAACUUAUCCUCAGAGAAGAGCACAGAAAGGACUCUCUGUACUUUAAUAGUUUAAAAAAUGAGGUGGUAUGAAUAGAAACUUAGAUGCGUUUUACUGAAAUAUGUUGCAAAUAGCAAAACUUUCAAAUUAUGACAUAAUGGAGGUUAAACUGAUUAUUUCUUCUCCAAAAUAAUGACUUUAUGUUAUUUAUACAUUUGCAAAUGUAUUUUUUUUAAUCUAGAUUUUUAACAACCAUCGUCAACACUUUUGGGCUUGAUAGGAGGCUAUUUCCUAAAUUGUGCUGGUCAGAGGUUAAAAAACAAUGUAAUUUUCUAUAGUCUUUAGCUCUUAAACUAGAUAUAUUUGGAUCUUUAAUUAGAAUCAUAACAUUUUGGAGCAGAGAAGAAUAUUAGAGAUCUUCUAAAAAUAUAAUAAUAUAAUAUUGUCCCUCUUUGUGUUAUAAGGCAUGAAAGGUGAUGCUGCUUAUUAUGAUAGGCAAAACUUUGUACAAUUUUGAACCAAAAUAACUAUCAUAAUAUAGAAUAGCCAACCUUAAGGGGACUUCAAAGAUUUUUCUUCAGUUAAACACUAAUAAUCAUGAAACAGAGUUUCAUCUUCUUAUUCUUAGACAAUAAAUUUAGUGGUAGUAUAAAGGAAACCAUUCACAGAUUUUUAUCUAGAAUGCCGGUGUCUCUCAUUAUCAAGAUUUUCAUUUGAGGGAGUAAAACUCCACCUUGUAACUGAUGGGUAAUAGUCCUGAAGUCAUAAGAGCUGGGUUCAUAUUCCAGAUUUGUUCCUUACUGACCUUGAGUAAAUAAUUUAGCCUCACAUAUCAAAACCUUAUGAUCUGUAAUAUGGAUUAAUAAAAAUACUCAAUUACUGAGGGUAAUGUUACAUGACAAAUUGCAAAAGUGCAUAGAGGUGGCUUUUUAUUAAUGGUGACAAUAAGAAAAAGAUACCGUGUGCAUUUCGAUUAAAUGAAUUUUAAAACGAUUAAUCUGUAAUCUGCCAAAGGUUUAACAAAAACAGUAUCAUUAUCUUAAUAUCUUCUUUCCAUCAUAUUAAUACCCUAUUAUUUAUGAUUCUGGCAUUGUUUUUGGUUGAAACUAACUAGACACCAAUGUCCUGAUGAUCCGUACUACAGAGAACAUUUGUACAAAAAAGUAUUAAAGAUUGAUUAUCCUCAAUCAAAAUUAUUUAGAUAUCUGUUACUCUUUACACUUUAACAUUUAUCUUACAUACAAUAAUGAGGAUGAAAUAGACUUGCCUCCACUUUGAGCAACCCUAGGAAAUCAUUGGUAAAAUGCUGGUUUUCAGAUGCAAAUUUAUUGGUUGAAGGAGGCAGGGAGAUAGACAUUUUUUCAUGGACUGGAGGUACCAAUGAGAUGAAACUUUUUUUGUAAAUCAAUGUUUUGCCGUACUAAUGACUUCAUAGAAUGAUAUAUAGUUGAGACUGCUGACACCUAGUUAUCUGAAUGCCACAUUUUCAAGGAAAAGCUAAGUAGAUAUAUUUCUGAGGUGUCUAUAUUGGAAAAAUAACAUAUAAUUAUCUUGAAAUAGUUAAAUAAUUGGCUAGUAUUCUCACAUACUUCAAGAUUUUGCUAAAAAUGUUAAGGAGACUAAAACCUACCACCCUGCUUAAUACUGCAAUUUGGCCCUCUCCUGAACUUCCAUACCGUGAUCUAGUUUCUCUUCAUAGAAAUUACUAUCUUUUAACAUACUUUAAAAAAAUUCUCAUUUAUUUUGUUUAUUUGUCUUCCUUUCACCAGAGGAAGGAAUCUGGUGAAGGCAGAAAUCUCUACCCUGCCCUGAUGUGUCUCAAGGGUUCCUAGAGCAGUGACUGGCACAAAUAGAUACUCAAUAAAUUCUUGUUUAAUGAUCAACUGGUUGGUUAGCUAAACAAGUUUGUCAAGUUUCCUUUGGGUUUUACUUUGGAUAUUUUUUCUUUCUCAUAGUAUACUAAUUUUUAAAUUUCUUUUUCCUUUUUGCUCCAAGGUAUAUCUUUCUAUGAAGGAUAAACAAAGUCAACGAAAACAAAAAAGUUUUCGUGUUGUAUUGUGCGUCAAGUGGCCUCAGAUUUGACACUUUUUAUCUUUCUCAUUCCCUGUCCAAUGCAAGAAGCCUCUAGAAAUUUUGGAAAAUAUUUAAAAACCACUUUCACAACCACUGAUGGUCAAAGGUUUCUUUUCACAUUUUUCUAAUUAUCUCAGUCUUAAAUGAAUAUUUCUUUAAGAAAGGGACAGUAAUUAAUCUUUGCAUGUCUCUGUGUCUAUACAAGUAACAGGAAGAGGAUCCUGGAAGUUUGGCUUCUGAAUAGCGUGAUUCAUUGCGACGUUUUCAGGAAGGAUCUUUUGGCAAUUUGUGAUGGAAAGUUUCAAAAAAUGAAGUAGAUCUUAUAUUUUAUGGUCAUGUAGCUUAUCUUUCACUAAAAUAAAUAUAAAUUGAUUCAUUCUUCCGAGAUCAUCAAGUAGGCAUAAACACCCAAAAGCCUUUGAUUUUUCUUUCUCAGCACACAGAUACAUUAUUGUAUGUCCAAGUAGAUGACUUAUCAGUGAGUCCAGGUCCACAGCCGGCUGUCCUAAGCCAUAGAACCUGUGCUGAAGAACUACAAUGGUAGGAAAUCUUCGAAUUAAAAAGCAUCAACAGUACUACAGUGCCUGAGGCCAUAUUUUGCUUAAAAUGUAUGUCCUAUUACUUGUCCUUUCGAAAAGAGAGUGAGAGCUAAAGGGUUUCAUUCAAUUGUAGUCACUAUUACUGUAAUCACCAAGGAGAUUCUGCUUUAUGUGGGACUGUUACAUGUGGUGUAAAGGCACAGCUUUUCAGAAUGGAUGUUUUCACGGUUUAUAUUAAGAAAUGUAGCCACAUGUAUAAUAAUAGCUACCAUUUUCAGGAUGUAUUCUUUUGCAUUCAUAUUAUACCUACUUAUAUAAAUGCCUAUUGCACAAAACUGCAGUUCUCCCUUUCUGUUUGGCUUGUUUGCCAUGUACCUACAACCCCAUGAUAGUUCAUUCAGAAUAGGAGCAGCUGAAGUACUCUCUAUUAAUUAUUCGUGUUAACUUUCAAACAGGUAAAAUGCAGGGAUAUUCAAAGAACUAUGAACUGAGACUAAUAUUUUCUUUCAUGUUAAAAAUACUAUUUUAUUGCAUAACCCAGGUAUAGACUAUACAAUUACACUACUGAGACAAUGAAUAAGAUAAUUCAGAAAAUUAAAACAACUUAUGCUUUAUAAGGAAUUUCAAAGCAAUAUUUUAUUCUUUGGCUUGAGUUACCUGGGAAGCUGACCCAGUUUUCCCUUUCAUUUUCUGGACUUGGCAUUAUAAAGUCUGUAGACAUUUGGAGAAAUUUAAAUUACUCCAUUUAAGGAAACAAUCAAAUUUAGAUUGGGCUAAACUGCUGCUAGAGGGAUGGAAAUCCCUAAAUUGUCCAAUUGUGAUUUCAUUUCACAGGGAAACCCUAGUUCACAAGUUAGCCAUAGGAUUUCAUAGAUUGCUAGUAGCAAAAUCUGCCAGAAAUCUUCCUCUAAACUCAGUGAACAGAUAAUGUUUGAAGCUAUACUGACCUAAAAGAAUGAUGUGAUGGCUUUUAACAGCUGUCUUUCAGGUGUUUAUUGUUUAAAUAAAACAAUACCUUGUCUGGCAAUCAGCAGAAAUGCGUUUUGAAUUGUUUUCUCAGCAGUGUGGUUGGAUUUACACUGACCCAUCGGUACUUUCAGUGACCAGUGGCAUUCUUUUCCAGAGGACUGGCUGAAGUUAAGAGUCUUAAAGAGCAGUUGGAUUUGCACUGACCAAUGAGGUGGAAGAAGAGAGAAGCUGAUUGAUCCCAAAGAAAGCCAACACCUAGACUGAUGAAUGUGAGGACUCUUUGGUUUGGCAUUUGUCCUCAUUAUUUAUAGAACGAAUGCCAGUUAUUAGGCUAGGUUCCAGUUUAUUUCUUUUUUUUUUUCUUUUUUUUUUUUUUUUGUUUAACUACUUUAAGCAUGUUAUUCCCUGAGUAGAGAGAAAGCCCAUAGGAGAACCACUCUUUAAUCAAACAUGUUCAAGUAGCUCACUUCCCUGUCAGAACAUCUGAACAAUUGCUCAAACAUCAGUGCAAACCUUGAGAUCAUUACUAUUGUUCUACCUAGUAGUUCUCAGAGGGACAGCCCAGAGCAGUUACUCACAUGUUUCACUCACAUUAAAACAUACUUGUCUAGUGUCCCAUGUCAUCAAUUCCCUGUGUAAGAACAGAUAAAUCAGUUAAAAAUAUGUGGCACUUUCAAAUUCUAUCAUCUUGAUUUAUUGCAACAGGACAGGACCACUGAGAGAUUUAUCUUUGGCAAGGGGAUAAUUUUUGAUACCAUCUUAAAUCACAUGCAAUAUGUAACCCUCUAUGUAUAGAGCUUCCCUAAAUUCUGAAGUUGAGGAACUCCCACAAUCACCUGGGAUGCAUUUUCUAAAAUACAGAUUUUUCAAGGAACUUAACAGAGGAUUUUAUUCACUAGGUUAUGGCAGAUUGGCAUCCUGUACUUUAAAAGAGAUCACUCCUUCCCCCAGAAGAUCUAAUGCCCAGUCACUUUGUGACUAGUGCUAUCAACUCAUUGAUUUGACCUUUGACCUACAAAAGCUGAGGACUUAAUCUUCAUGGUGAAGAUUUUUGUUUUUUCCUUGCAGUGACAUGCACAACUUGAUAACUCCCCUCAUAAUGCUUCUGCAUUGAAAGACUGUUUUUGAUAAUAAAAAGAAUAAUUAUUAACUUGCUUUAAAAGAAGUUGCUCCAUUAUGAAAGGACUGAAAAAAAAUGUAGUUAUUCUAUUAGAUCUACCCUUCAUCCCUGAAACUAAAUUGUCAGUUUUCACAUUAGUAAAGAUGUCACUGAGCUCUUUCAAAUCUUGUUGUAAAGGUCAUUAAAAUUUUCAUUGUGUAGAGUUCAGACCAUGUGCUUUACAAAAAGACAAAACAAAAAUCAAAUUGAAUAUGUGGCAACUUUUAAACUUUUUAUGUAAUGGCCACCUAUGGACACUUUGUAAUAUGUUUUAGGAUCAUUCUCAAUAAUGUACAAUGGAAAAAGGAUCCAGACAAGGAAAAGCUAAACAGCAAAUACUGAGCUCACGUUUAAAAUCUGGCACAAAUAUAUCUUGAUGCAAUGGAAAAGGAUGAUGAUAAUGACCCUUUUUUCUGGAAAUCGUGGAGAAAGAACCAUUAAAUAAAACAAGAAUAUGUUGUAUGUACAAAAUUCAGGCUUUAUUGGGGUAGAAAUUUGGUCCAUGGAUUCUACUGAAAAAUAAUAGACAGUAUUCUUAUUAGACAUUCAGAAAUGACAGACUCAGGUAUAGAAAUUAUAUGGAAAUGUAUGGUAAGAUUAAAAAAAAACUAUAAAGGAAGUGGUUGAAAGAUUAGUGUGAAUACAAGAAAAAGCAGGGAGAGAGUGAUGAGGGUGAUACGGUCAAGCUCCUAUGGGGACAAGAACACGAGAUUGUAAUGUUGUCACUGCAAGAGCAAGGUGUUACUCAUUUCUCCAAGUAGAAAUAGAUGUGAAAGAGUAAUGACAGCAGCCUGAGAGGGCAACUUUAGGGUCUAGGGAAGCUCUAUUCAUAGAUAGUUACAUAUUACAUGUGAUUUGAGGGGGAUCCAAAAAUUGUCCCCUUGCCAAAGAUAAAUCUCUCAGUGGUCCCAUCUGUUGCAAUAAAUCAUGAUGAUAGUAUUUGAAAGUGCCACAUAAUUUUAACUGAUGUAUCUGUUCUUAAGGAGGGAUUUGAUGAUAGGGGACACCAGACAAGUAUUUUUUAAUGUCAGUGGAACUUGUCAGAUGGCAUUGUCCAGCCCUUGAGUUAGCCCCAGUGAGAUCUGUGCAGAGUUGGAAGCCCUUAGCACAUUUGGCAUGGCUGAUUCCUGGAGUUAUAGAGGAAGCAGAAUCCAAUGAUAGACUGUUAGCAGUAUAUUUCAGUCAUUGCGCACACUGGCACUCCUACCCCAAACUAGGAAAAGUGGAUUAUUCUUUUUUUAGGAACACCAUUAUACCUAAUAUUUACCUCUAUUAUAAAGUUCUUUAGCUGGAUUGCAUUUAUUAUUGGUCAGUCACUGUUGUUAGAAUGUGAUACCCCUGAAGGCAGGGGCUUUGAUAUUUUCAGUUUUGAAUUAAGGAUAGAGCUUGGUACAUGAAAGAUGCUGAGGAAAUCUUGUUGCACAAGCAUAGCCAAGGAUGAUGGAGACUGGAGUUAAGUAGACCCACAUUUAGACCCUAGAUUGAUGAUGUAUCCGCUUUGUGGCUUUGGGAAAGUUAUCUGGCCUCUUUGAAACUCAUUUGUCUCAUUUGUAAAACACAGAUAGUAAAAUCUAAAAAUCUCUUUUAGCUAUGGGGAUGAAGUAUAUGAAUAUCGGUAAAGUGUGUAAUGUAUUUCUAGUGAAUAGUGAAUGCACAAUAGUGGAACAUGUGGCAGAGUAUUUGGUGUCUAAUGAUGAGUCAAAUAAAAUUAGUUUUCAAAGGAAACAACUAACUUUUUAAAUCACAAACUACAUGGAGGAAAGAUCAAAAAAGUCAAAAACAGUUAUCCCUUGUACACAUAUUUUUAAAGCUCAUUAAAUCCCAAAUGUUGAGAAAGGAAGUAAAAUGGAAGGGGGCAGAAAGAGAAUUGCAAAAUAUUUUUGUGAUACAUUUUUUUUGUUUCAUUUUAUGGUGAUUUUCAUUAUUCUUAAUUCAAGAAAAAAAAAUAGCUGAGGCUAGUCUAAGAAUGCUGACCAGGAAAUAAUUUUGUCGUAAUUUUUGCCUCUAAGUAACAAAGGUGAGAUGUUUUCUUUAAUUUAUUUUUAAAUUUCUUUGAUUAGGGUAUUAAGAUCCUGCUUACAAUGAACUAGUUUUAGCAUAAAUCAGAUAAAGCCUUUUGUUCUACACUGCUCAAGAAGAAAAAGCUUAGCUUGCUUUUAACUUGUUUUGCCUAAUUGCCUUUCUCCAUUAGAAGAGAAUAUACCAUGGAAAAAAUAUAUAAUCCCUUCCUGUCCUUCAGCUCCCUUCUUGGGUGUGUUUUGGAGAGUUUGAAAUUAUAUGAAAGUUAUGAGAGAGUGAGAUAACUAUUCAAGAGAAAAUUAAGCUUGUUGGGGUGUGGGGGAAGGCGAGAUUCCUCACAUAAUUUGGUAGGUCUGUUAACACUUUAAGACUCAGAGAUAACACUUAAGUGAAUAGCAAUUUACUAGGAGCCAGAAAGUACAUGGUAAUGUGUUUUAAAUCAGUAUAAUUGUGAAGUCUACCACAAUCAGAAAAGUCACAGAAAUUGCUUUAGAAUGGAGAGGGACUUAAUUAACAAAUAAUGAACUCACAAAUUUGACAAAAUCUUUAGAAGUCUCCUAGUCCAAAUGCCUAUUCAAACAAACUCCUCUGCUAGUUAAGUAAUGGGUGAUGAUGUAAACUCUCUUUAUGCUUUCAGAAGGCUGUACUUGUUACCUUGUUACCUCAUAAAGUCAUAAUGUUUUAAGGAGAGGUUUAAUUAUUAAAAAGUUUUUCUUUAUUUUAAUCAAAAUCUGCCUACUGAAACUAUUGCCAAUCAGCCAUCUGCAUGUUGUUUUGCUGAUUCUUAAGAUAGUUAUUGAAUUUAUCCGAUGUGCUGUGCUCUGUUUUCAAUUUCUCUAGACUUAAAAACAUUAUGUCUAAUUUCUCAUUCACUUAAAAAAAUACUUUCUAUAAAUAUAUUUCUCCACCCCAUCUUUAUUUUUUGUUGCUAUAAGAAAAUACCAUAAAUGUGUAAGUUAUAAAGAAAAUAAGUUUAUUUCUUGUAGUUCUGCAGGCUGGGAAGUCGAAGAGCAUGGCACUAGCAACCAUUGGGGGCCUUCUUGCUACAUCAUAACAUGUGGAGGGCAUCACAUGGUGAGAGGGUAAGAGAGUCCCUGCCAGCUCAGGUCUCUCUUCCUCUUCUUAAAGCCACCUGUCCCAUCAAGGGGGCUCCACAAUGAUGACCUUAUCUAAUCCUAAUUACCUCCUAAAGGACCCACUUCCAGUCAGCGUAUUAAUUUGAGGAUUAAGUUUUCAACACACAAAAUUUGGGGAACACAUUCAAACCAUAGCAACUCCUAUACCCAAAUUCAGAUUUUUCUCUUCCAUGUUUUAUUUUUUGGUUCUUUCAAACCAUCCCUCACAGUGCUGAAGACCUUACCAUCUCUUUGCUGGUUGUCUCCUUCUCCUAAUCUUGGCAUGCUCUAAUUGUCAGGAUACCUCUUAAAGCCAAGUCUAAAAUUAAUUAUACUAUCCCUGGGUAUCUGAGCAAGGCAUAGUAAAAUGGAAGCAUUCUGUGGUUUUGGAAAUAAUACUUCCGUUAAUGCCAUCUAAAAUCAAAGGUAGGGGUGUGGUUGUGUGUGUGUGUGAAUGUGUGUAUGUAUUUUCGUCAGUGUUACUGUUUUAUCAAUUCAUACUGAACUUUUAGUCAGUUGAAAUCUCUAAGUUUUUCCACAUGAACUGCUUAUAAGUCAGCCUUUCUGUACUCUACUCAAGAGUUGAUGUUGUCAGCCCACUUUAAAACAUGAAACAUUACUAUUCAAUUCUACCUUCAAUCAUUAGAAGUAGUAAAUUAUCUACUAAGGGUCCUAUGCAAGAUGCUGUGAAUACAAACAUAAAUAAGGCUUGGUAUUUGUUCUAGAGGGAUUUAUAGCUCAGUAGGUGAAUACAUUUUUACAUGGAAGUCUCAUCAAUAGUUAAAAGCCCUGUAAUAUAAGUUAUUUACAGAAACCAACAUUCUUCAUUAGCUGAGCCUUGUUGAGUGAUGAGUGUUGGCUAGAGUGACAUUGUAGUGUAUUAGUUUUCUAUUGAUGCCAUAACAAAUUACUACAAAUGUAAUAGCUUAAACAACGUGAAUGUAUUACCUCACUCUUCUGUAGGUCAGAAGUCUGGCAUGGAUCUCACUGGGGUAAAUUUGAUUUGUCAUCAAUGCUGCAUUUCUGUUAGAAGCACUUGCAAAGAAUCUGCUUUCUUCCUUUUCUAUCUUUUUUGAGGCUGCCUACAUUCCUUGGCUGGUGACUCCUUUCUUUCAUCUUCAAAGCCAGUAACCUUGCAUCUCUCAGACCAUUCUUCUGUAGUCACAUUUUCCUCUGACUCCUCUUCUGCUGUUUUCUUCCACUUGUAAGGAGCUUGUGACAACAUUGGGUCCAGGGUUCUUACCCUAUCGUUAGGUCAGCUGAUUAGCAAACUUAAUUAACAUCUUCAACCUUAAUUGCCUUUGCUAUCUUUAAGGGCAAAAAGAAUAAGGGCAUCUUUUUCUCACCGUUCGUAAAGGUCACAGCCAACACUCCUGUAAUGAAGGACAGAUUAACAAGAGAAAAGUAUAACAAACUUAGUUAAUCAAAGUUUCAUGUGACACAGGCACUUUCAGAGUUGAAGACCCAAAUACCCAGGGAAAACUGUGUACUUUUUAUACUGAGUUUCAGUGAAGAAUGAACCGCCAUGUAGAAAUGUGAUUGGACAAAAGAGUAUAAUCUAAUGGUAAUAGACUGAGGGGGGAAAUCCACAAAGGUUGGUUUAUUUUUUUGUUUUUGUUUUUUUGGUUUUUUGGUUUUUUUCAGAUUCUUCUCUUUGUAGCAUUUUUCCCUCCAGAGUAUAGGGCAAUGAGAGUCUUCAAGGGAAAAGGGAGAGAGUGACCUUUCUAAAUUUUAUGGCUUACUUUAGGGGAGAAGAGUUUUAGUUUCUAGACAGACCUUGGAGAAAUGCAAUUCUGGUUGCUAUGACUUGCUUCUGGGGAGAAAGAGGGGUGUGAGAGAGGAGGGCAGGAAAAGGUCAGAGACCUUGUUUCUGAGGCUUUUCCAAUCUCCUUCAGUUCCAAGUACUCAGCAUGCCAGGGUGCCAUACUUUGGGGUAUGUUCUGAGCCGCAACACAUGUAAUCCACAUGUAAUCCAACCUAUUCACAGGUUCUGGAGAUUAAGAUUUAUACAUCAUUGGGGUGCCAUUAUAUUUGUCUAGCAUAGGUAGACACAUUUCAGGCAGAAGCAUAAUGUAAGUAUGUAAGAGAAAUGCAGGUUGCAAGCAAUUGAGUAUUAAUGCAACAAGGGAACCUAAAGGAUGAAACUGGAGAAACAGAUAAAGGUCAAGAUGAUGGAAAGACUUAAGGAACAGGAUCAGAUUGGUUGUUUCAAAAGAUUAUUCUGGCAAGAGAACAGAUUUAAAAAAUGCAGAACCAAAGAUAAGAAAACAGCAUAGCAACAAUUAUUUAGUCAAGAAAGAUACCAGAAGUUUACACUAUUUUCCUAGCAUCAGAGGUGAAAAAUAAGCAAUAGAUUUGAUAUGUGCUAAGGAGUUAGGGUCUAUGGGUUUGUUGGUUGAUUAGUUACAAAGAUGUGGGCACGACUGGAGUCAAGACUGAUUCCCAGAUUUUCAUGAGAAGACUCUAGGUGAAUGGUGAUGUCAUUUAUAGUAUGGAUUACUGAAGAGAAAGUAGAGAUGAGGAGUCAAAGGAAGAGAAAUGCUUCUGAUUUCCAUUUUAGUACAUGGAUAUAAGUAAGCUAUAUUUUAUCCUCGUAUGUAAUUCUAUCCCUGUGUUAUCUACAAAUAUGAUAUUAAUCUACUUGGUAUUUUUAAUGGAAAAAAGUGUGGUAGAGAAUAGAGUCCUCAGAGUGCCAGUAGGGAUAACCUUAAUGCCCCUAGUGUAACCACCACUGUCACGUCAAUCUGAAUCCACUAUAUAACACCAUUCAACCAGCUUUGACUCUGUACUAUUAGCCAGGUCAUAUUUCUGCACAUAUUCCAAAAUUUGUCUUAAUAAACUUAGUCUAGUGCCUUGCUUAAACAUUUAAUAGACUGUCUAAAUCAUGAAGCAAUAUUGGGGAAGUUAUUUCUAUUCAAUAGUGUUAAAUAUUUAAGUAAUUAAUUCACUUUCUCUUCCAUUUUGAUAAACACAUCAACCCAGGGAACUCUAUGUGUAAAUUCUAUUCAAAGCCCUUUGUGGAACAUAAAUACAUAUGUCAUGUUUAUAAAUAUGUAAAAUAUAAAAUAUAAUGACCAUAUAGGAGAGCAAGAGAUGAAUUCUUACUGGAAACAAAGUGCUUGGAUAAGUGGUAGCUGACAGGGAAGAGAUGAGAAAUGAGGAUAGAUUCACUGGGAAAGAGGACCCCUGAAAGAAAGAACAAUGUCAUUAGAAAUAUUGGAACAGCUUCAUGCAAAGCAUGAUUAUAGUGAGGGAUGUUGUGUGGCUGCAACACAAAUGUGGCUGCAAGGGAGGUUUGGAAUGAAAGAAUUGGUAGCUUUCUGGUUCAUAGAUGUAGUUAUUUUAAUUGAAUUUGAAAGUCAUUGGGCAGCACAUAGCCUCUCCAAAUUUUCGCUAGGCUCUCUUACUCCCUACUGUGUGCCCUAACCAGACUCACACAUUUAUGUUUCUUACCAGGUUCCUUAAAUAGCUGCAUUUAUAACCCUGGAUUUAUAAACUUAUUUUGCAGUCAACACACAGUGUGUGUCAGAGGGUUGGGGAUGGAUGCUGCCAUUAUCAGAGUCCCACUUUAAAAAGACAUCUUAAUGGCAGAGUGAAUUCCAAAUUACAGUGCUGAGGAAAGGUGGGAUCAUUAGAGGAAGGUGAAUAAGCUAAGAGGUUGUUUAAAACGUUAAGAUAAAAGUGGGCUGAACUGUGAUGAUAAUAUGAGGAAAAGAAGGAAAGGACCAAACAUGAGAAACUAGAUUUACAAUUUCAUUAGGACAUGGCCUGGGUCUUGUUCUUUCAGUGGGACAAAUCACAAAGUAGAUAAUAAAAAAAUGAAUGAAUGAAGACAUUGGAGUAGUUGAAUUGGAUGUGAGAAGUGAAAGGAAAGAACUGAAGGCAACUUGAAGAGCCUGGAUAUAAGUACCCAGAAGGAUUAUGCUUCUGAAAGUGCCUGCGGGAGAAUAACAUUCAUCUUAGAUCAAGUUCCAAGAAGACAUCCAGGGAGACAACAUUCAGCAGCGAUGAAAGUAUGAAUAUGGUUCUCAGGAUAGAGAUUAUAAUGAAAAGGGAAUAUGAAAAUUAAGAAAGUUUAUUUCAACCCAGCAAAAAUAUUAUGUAUCAAGAUAAAAUACAGAUUAGUAAUCUUUUUAAAAAGAAAGGUCUGAUCAUUUAAUGCGGACACGUUGUUUCAUGGAUGAAGAAACUGAAUAACAAGUGUUUUGCGUAAAGUUAAUCAACUGGUAAAUGGGACAGUUAGCUCUAGCACAGAAAAGGACAUUCCUUGUAUUGCAUCAACAGUUUACUGCAUUACCUCUGACAUCUCCCCACAAGUUUCCACACGGUCCCAUUCCCUACUUAGAAGAGAACCAUUUUACCAUCGUUUAUGUUCCCAAAUAUGAACUUGGAUACAUUUGUAAAAUUCACGUAUGGACUGUUUAAUACUUAGGGAUUUCAAGAUACCUUUUCUAAAUUUCAAGACCUAGUAGAAAGAGAGUGGGGCUGCAAGGAAGCCUAGGGUGAAAGCUACCAGCUUUAUUUUAUGUCAUUUUUAAAAAUUAUUAUUAUACUUUAAUUUCUAGUAUUCUGGCCUGGCCACUCUAACUUGUCUCAUGUAUUUCAGUCAAAUUGCUGUUAUGGAACAAACUGGAUUCUUCAGUUCUAAAUUUCACAGAAUUAUGUAAGGCUAAUGGAUUUCAGGUCAUGCCUUACUGAGCCUAAGGGUUCUGGGGAGGGACCUGAGGACCACUGCUGGGGCUUAAGAGUGCGGAAAGAGCAGGACUUGGAGCCCUUGCCCUGAUUCCAGCAGAGACAUAGUCUUUUCUCUGUUUUAACAUUGGGCUUUCUCCCAUGAUUGUCUAUAAAGGAAGGGUCUCUUAUUUUAAAAUAUUUGAUAACUACUGCUAGAGGUUAUUAAUCUCAGGGCUGCAGCCGGCGUUUCAGAUCUUACUGUCUUGUAUUUGUGGAUUAUAUUAGAACACUCCAAAUCUCAUUAUUUCAAAUGAGUAAAUCACAGAAGUUCAAUUUUAUCCUGAAAGUACCUUUGAGCCAUUCAGCUCUGAGCCAAGCAUCAUCUCUCUCUGGCUUUUGCCAACACAGCUCCCUUUGCCUAAGGACGUAUUGAGAGGAAAUAAUUUCAAGUUUUCACAACUAAAGGAGAGUCUUUCCAUUAGGAGAAGAUACAAGUAAGCCCCAUUUUAUCCUGUGUUAUAAUUUACAGAAUGCUUAUGCACAAGGCCCAUAAGGUAUGUUGUGGGGGUGGGGCUAUGAUAUUGUGGUACACUGAGAGCACAUGUCACUACAAAAAACAAAAACAAAAACAAAAAAACACCUCCCCCAGAAUACUUCUAUAAUAAUUCUUCAGUUAAAGAUGAAUUAACAGUUAGUUACCUCCAAGACCAUCAACAUAAUAGAAACAGUUAUUAUGCAAAGCUUUAUUUGAACCAUGUUAAUGUCUUCCUAUAGUUAGAUUGAAUUCAGCUUCAGUAUGGUUUAGAUUGAAGAAAAGUCAUUUUGGUCAACAAGACUAAAGAGAGAGUUAAAAUUUAGGUUGGCGAGGUCUGGUAGUGAAUACCUAGAAAGCAGAGAAUAUAAAGAGAUUGCAAAGGGUCCUCAAAUCAAUUCCAGUAUCUUACUUAUUUUAGUUUAUCUUUUAAAAAAAGUUCUGGCCCUGUCUAAAUAAACAUAGCUUUAUUCUUCCUGGUAACAUUAUCUCUGAAAAAUAAUAUAUUGGUGCUGGUUGGGAAUACAUGCCCAAUAUCUUCUUGAAUAAAGUGAUAUUAUUGUAAUUUUCUACUUUUCUCAGCAGCUUCAUCUUUUAUUCAUAAAUACUUGUUUUUGGUUUGUAAAAGCAGUUUUCUAAAUGUACUUCCUCUUCCCUUCCUUAUCAUUUUCUAAUUAUAACAGUAGUAGUAGUUCUGAUUUAGGUAAACUUAUAGAAUAAUACAUUAAAUUAAUGUAUUAAUUCAUUUUCGACUUGUAAAAAGCAUUUUCUUAUCUGUUAUAAUAACUAUCUGAGAUAAAGGGACAGUGACAUUUGACUUCCUUUUUGCAGAUAAGAAAAAAUAACCAAGAUAAAAACUUUUCCACAUUACACAGUAAGGAAAUAGCAAGUCAGAACCUGAUGGUGAAAGCUAAAGCUCCCCACUAAGGUCAAACUACACCAUGCAUGGGUUUUUACCAGGGUGCUGUAAUAUAUUCUCAGCACUCCCAAGUUACAUGGUAUCUUAGAAGAUCAGGAGAUGUACUAUUUCUCAAUACAUCCAGUGCUGUCUCACAAAUUAAAUUAGAAAACAAAAUUAACUGAUAUUAAGUUGUUUCACUGGUAGUGUUUUCCAAGAUAAGCUAAAAUGAUUUCUGGUUUAGAGUUAUGAAAAUCCUGCAUUUAGAAUUUUUUUAUGUAGAUCUAGUACAUUAAUAUUUAUGACCUCUUUUUUUUUCAGUUCCCGAGAAAACUUGUUUUUGUUCUUCUUCUAUUCUAAACUCAGAAUGUGAUUCAACAUUUGCUUUAUUUUUUUUCUAAUUUCUGUCUGUUUUUACUUCAGUGAUUCUAAGCAAAAUGAAUAAAUGUUUUGGUAUAAUGAAUAUUGCUGAGAAUAAAUGCAUUUUCUUUGUCUUGCCCUGGUUAAAGAAUAUUUCUAGAUGCUGAUGAGUGAAUUAAUGAUAUUUCAGACUCCUCAUCAUCUAAUAAAGCCAUCCUUCUCAAUGGCCAGUUGAGGUUAGGCUUUUCUAAAGGAAAAAAAUAGUACAUUAUUACACUCACUUUCUUAAUCUAAUGGCUCUAACUUUGCCUUGGAGAACUUCAUGACUUUCCCACCAAAUUCUAGUUUGGUAUAGAAGCAAGUAGUGUUCUAUUCAUUAAUAUGGAAGGACAGCAUAUAGGAGGUUAUUUAACUCCUUAGUGUCUCCAUCUUCCAUUAGCCAUGCAUGUUGCAAUGAUAAAUGAAAACAUUUUUAAACAUUUUGAAAGCUUGAAAACCUAUUUAGUGAAUACAAAUUAGCACAUUAUUGCUAUAAUUCACAUUUACUAAAGAACUUGUGGACUAUUGGCAGUUUCUUUGGAUUGUUGUUUAGUCUGUUUUUGAUUACCUACUGGUCAAAUCACAUUUUUUUUCUUAGUGUCACGUGAUAUCGAACUAUUGUUGAACUUUCCUUUUAAGAUUGUAAGAUUUAUUUGAGAUCCUUUAAUGAAGUUCUUGCUUGUAUAUAACUUUGUACCAGAACCCCAGGUGGGGAACUUUGAAAGCAUAAUUAAUGUUUUCUCAUCUUUAUUUUCUUUCUUUUUUUUGCGGGGACGGAGUCUCGCUCUGUCACCCAGGCUGGAGUGCAGUGGCGCAAUCUCGGCUCACUGCAAGUUCUACCUCCUAGGUUGACGUCAUUCUCCUGCCUCAGCCUCCUGAGUAGCUGGGACUACAGGUGCCUCCCACCAUGCCUGGCUAAUUUUUUUUGUAUUUUUAGUAGAGACUGGUUUUCACCAUGUUAGCCAGGAUGGUCUCGAUCUCCUGACCUUGUGAUCUGUCCGCCUCAGCCUCUCAAAGUGCUGGGAUUACAGGUGUGAGCCACCGUGCCCAGCCUCAUCUUUGUUUUCUUUAUUGGAUAUUAAUUCAUUCUGUUCACUCAGUUCAAAUUUAUUGAAUCCCCUCUUGUGGGCUCAGGGGAACAGGGAAAUGAACAGAUGAAAAUCAUGGAUCAUGGUACUCACAUUUUAAUGGUAUGAAACAAGCAUUAACAAAAACAACAAAAGCCAGAUAAAUAGUGUGUCAGAUAGUGAUACCUUCUAUAGAGAAAAAAAUCAGUGAAUGGGACACAGGAGUGUACCGAUGAGAAAGGGAGGUUUAAUUUUUACAUGAGGUUGUCAGGUAAGGCCUUCACUGGCAGCAUGACAUUUGAGAGAAUUGAAGAGGUGAUUCAAUAUGAGUUCAAUUUUCUUGAUUCUUAGGGGAACCAUCUCUUCCUUUCUACCUCCAGUGAGCUCAGUCUAAUCCAGGUAGCGCUCAUCACCUCGUUCUUGCAUUACAUCAUUCCUGCCAGCUGCUUUAGCUGGUUUCUCUUAGUUAGGUUUCACCCUCUCUGGCUUGUACAACAUCACGGAAUGCCGUUGCCCAGAAAUGUGCAAAUGUUCCCUUAUUACCUGUCAUAUCAAUUACAGGCUCCUCCACAUUAUUUUCCUACUAUUUAAGAGCCCUAUUUAUUUAAUAAUUUUACUUUUAAUCCUCACUCUGACAAAUAGGUCUGUUCAUGCUAUCUUGAGUAAGCCAUACUUGUUUCCAAUUCUAUUUUCUUACUUGUACCCGCCUUCCCUCCUGAAAUGCCUUCCGUUUUCUAAAUAUUUUACCCAAGUGAUAGGGUUUGUUUAAUUGAUACUGACAAAUAUGCUUAUAAUAGAAAGUAAAACUGACUUAGACCUAAUAACCUCAACUAGAGGCUGAUCCCAAGUACAUACUAAGGGUUUUAGAACUACUGUCCUUAAAGGGUGAACUCCCAGAUACUUACCCUUCCACUGGAGAGUUGAAGUGUAAUGUGAUAUAGGAUAUGGUGAGGUUUGGAGAUUUAAAGGAUUGGGAUCUAUUAUGCACUUAAAAAUCCCACAUUGUCCAACAUGUUUUGGACACUAGGCCUUUAGGCUGAUCCCUGUCACAAAGGGGAAACUGACAUUCAGCAAGGUUUAAUUUCUUGUGAGUAGCCAUGGGGAGAUAUUAUUUCUUUUAUUUGUAUUGCUCAGCCUUCUCUUGAUAAUAUUCAUGUUACUCUAGAUUGAUUAAUUCUCUGAUUAUUUUAUGGUUAGAUGCUUAAUUUACACACAAAAAAAUCCCUUUUGGUAUAUUUCAUGUCUUGUCUCUUCAGUUAUUACAUAUUUUAAAAUACCUCUGUGUGCCUAAUAUCAGUACAUCUUCUGUAUCUCCCAUGACGUCCAAUAAACUGCUGUAAUUCACAUUCAAAAAUUCUUGCUAAUUAGUUUGAUGUGGAAGGUUUCAACAACCUGACGUUUAUGCUUCUUAAACUGCAGUUCAUGUAUUUGACAUAAUUCUGCCAGAUAUCAAAAGUUCUGUAACAUCACCAACAUGGGGUUACAUCAAAGAAAAAUAAUGUCAUAAGAACCUAUAAAUUCUUUGUAUAGUCUGUUGUCACAUUUCCCUGCUUGUCUUUCUACAGACUUUCUUUAAUACAUCCUGCAAAAUAUUAGAAAAAAACAAAUUAACUGUCUCUUCAAGGAGGGCUUUGACAUAAUCUACCCCCUUUUUUAAAUUUUUUAAAAAAUUUUCUCUCUGGUAAUCUUGUUACUUCACAGGGUUACCCUUAUACAGUAAUAUAAACUUGGGGGAAGCAGGGCCCACAUCUACUAAUCCUUGUCUGGAGAGAAGAAAAUGAAAAGGCCUCUAAUGUGGCAGAGGGUGUCCCUAAAAUUGAAUAAACACAGUGUAGUGGGAAGACCCUCCUUUUAAGACACAUCUCACCUUAUUCUAUUUGUCAUUGUCAAAGCAUUUAAUGUUCCAAGCCUUCUGCAACCAGUUUUAUCUGAUAACAUUUUCAAUUGUACUGCAUCGGAAAUUGGAGUGAGGUGCACUUCAGAAAUUACGGUGGAAUCCGGCUAAUUCAAAUUAUUGAUGUGGCGAUUUGCUGCAGAUGGUUAAAUUUUGUGAGCUUAGAAGUAAGUGAAAAUCAGGAUUAAAAGUCAACCUAUUGCUUCAGAAUAUGGUUCAUUUAUUUUAGCGACUGUAGUUUAAUUUUAAUUAUUUGUGUCUCUGCUGAAUAGUUCUUCGGCAAAUGCUCCAUGGAAAAUACAUCAUCUUCUUUUUCAAGCUGUGUCUGCAUUCAGAAGUCUUAACUCUCUGUUUGACAUAUAUUUCUUUGAGUCAUCUAUAUUAGGAAAUAAUUUUUAAUCUGUCUGCAAGAAUCCUGAAUUUGCUUUCCAGAAUAGGUACUACAUUCAAAAUCUAGUAUGACUUCUUAGGCAUUUAAUAUUCUGAACAGAAAGCUUCCAUAGAAAUCUUUUAUUCUGGUUAAAAAAACCCAACUAAAUAAUUUACUCUUUUAAUUAUAUUUCACUGUUAAUGAUGUCCAUCAACACUUAUUUAAAUGUAUUUUCAAAGCAUUCAUUUCUGAAGAAUAAAUUAUAAAUGUGCUUUUUAUAUUAAGCAAUUAAUUUCAUAGGAAAAUUAAAUUUUUGAAAUGUGGGAAUUUAGAUUGUAGAACAAUUGAAUGAUAACCUCAUAGAAUAUUAUAGCAAAGUUGAAUCCUCGGAAGAGCACAAUAUCCCCUUUCAUUUUCUACCUCCCUACGGAUAUAUGCAUGUCUUUUAUUUGACAUUUCAUAAAAAUGUGUUAUAAUUAUUGGUAACCAAUAGUAGGAUAACUUUGAAAAUAAAACUCUUUGAAAAGUGUGUCCUUUUUAAGAUUAGACAUGUUAGACAUGCCACUUCCUCUCUUAUACAUCUUUGGAAAAGGGCUACAGAUAGAAGCCAGAAUGGCCCAUAUUUAAAAAAUAAAACUGCAAUUAAAAUCUUUGAUAGUUACAUUGAAAGCAGUAAGAAAGUGUUGGAAAUCUCUGCAAGGGACAGUCCGAAGAAGGAAUGAACUGUAUAAAAAAAGAAAAUUUUUGAGGAAAAAGUUUGAAGAUGAAAGGAUUCUUCAUAUAGAAACAAAGAAACAGUGACAUAAAGUUAUUCAGACAUUGACUGAAUAGAGCCACAACUAAUGACAACUUAAUAGGAGAACUUUAUCUUCAAGCUUAACAAAAUUUCUAGACCUAAUGCAAUUCAAGAAAUAUCUGAAAAUUAUUGUGUGACCUGGCAUAUCUAAACUAAACUUGUCCUGUAAUUUUCUAGUUCAAAUUAUAGUGGAAGAUAUACUGUAGUGGUUAUUCAAUCCAUUCUGAUCAAUUAUGACUAUUACGUUUUGUUUUUGCUACCAUCAAUCUUAUGGAGGAAUACAGUAAAUAGAACCCAUUUAAAGUGCACACUUUGAUGAAUUUUGACAAUUGUUUACACUUGUGAAACAAUGCUACAACCAAGAUACAGAACAUUUCCAAAGAUUAUGAAGAUUCUUUAUACUCCUUUAUAAAGUCCAUUCUCACACCUUCACUUGGAUCUGGGCCACCACUGAUCUUCCUUUUGUCACCACAGAAUAGUCUUCAUUUUGUUUAAAUGGAAUCACCAAGUAUGUGCUCUUGUGUGUGGCUUCUUCAUUUCUGCACAGUGAGUUUAAGAGUCAUCCAAAUGUGUUUGUGCAGAUGCAGUACUUUAUUCCUUUUUAUUGAUAGGAAUAUUAAAUUAUGUUUUUAUGUGUAUGUUUUAUUUCUUCACUUAAAUCAUGUUCUUAUUAAUAUCAAGGAAUGCAUUUUAAAUUCUGUGUAUCCCCUCAGCACCUAAAAUAAUCCCUUGCACAUAGUAGAGGUUUGUUGGUUAAUUGAUUCAUCAUUCUGAGCAUAGAUGUUGGAGAUAAGUUUUAGAAUGGUCCUGGUAUCACUGAUACUCAUUGUUUGAGAAAAAUUUUGUGUUGGAAGUAGCAAGUUCAGAGAAAACAAUUUAUUGAGCAGUUUCUCUAUGCCAGUCACAGUACGACGUUUGGCAUUAAUCUCAUUUAUCCUCAUAACCAGUCCUACGUGGUGCUUAUACUGCAAUUAUACUUAUUUGUUAGGUGAAGCACAGAGAUUAAGCAACUUGACACUGAAGCUGAUAAACAGUAGAGCUGCUUAACACCAAAGCAGUUGCUGUUAGCCAUGAUACCUCAUUUCAACAGUUACUUAGAAUGAAAAUCCAUAUAGUAGCUAAAAUGCACAGUGUUAAUGGUUUCUAGGAGACUUUUCAGACCUUUUAUUGUCUCCUCUCACACUGACCUCUUGCAGUUUUGCUUAGGACACUUGCUGCCAUCUCAGGGCGCUGGCUGUAGUGCCUCUUUCAGAUGCUUAAAUCCCUUACAUCUUUCAAAUCAUUGCUCAAAUUGGACCUCACUGAGUCUAUUCUGAAUUUUUCUUUUUUUUUUUUUUGAGACAGAAUCUUGCUCUGUCACCCAGGCUGGGGUGCAGUGGCACAAUCCUGGCUCACUGCAACCUCCACUUCCCGGGCUCAAGCGAUUCUCCUGCCCCCAGCCUCCUGAGUAGCUGGGACUAUGGGCAUGCCCCACCACACCCAGCUAAUUUUGUAUUUUUAGUAGAGACAGUGUUUCGCCAUGUUGGCCAGUCUGAUCUUGAACUCCUGAUUUUAAGUGAUCCACCUGCCUCAGCCUCCCAAAGUGCUGGGAUUACAGGUGUGAGCCACUGCGCCUGGCCAAUUCUGAACCUUUCUGUUAGAUACUUCAACCUUCUGCCACUUGUCUCCCACCCUCCCAAUCCCUUUUACUUGUUUAUUUUUUAGAAAACCAAAGCACACACCAUUUUCUAAUAUAUACAUGAAUUACUUAAAGUUUAAUGAUUGUUACCUUGUUUGUCUCUGCAGAGUAUAAGCCCCACAAGGGCAGGAAUCUUUGUCAGUGCUGUUAUCUGAUUUAUCCCAAAUGCCUGGGACAGUAUCUUACACAUAGUAGGUUCCCAAUAAAUGUGUGUAUUAGGCUAUGAGCUGGGAUGUUUUUGACUCUCUUCCCAUAAUAUCUGACUUAUUUUUUUUUCUUGGAAGAUGUAGCGUUGAGUGAUACUUGGGUGAUUUAGAGACCAGAUGAAAGAAUAGAAACAUUGAUAUGCAAUUCUCUAACAGGACUCAGUAAAUAGUAAGAAGUAAUUUUCUACAUUAAUCCAUUCUACUAUCUUGUGCCUGUGUUAUAUUGAUUUUAAUGGUUCACAUUAUCAGGGCUUUUUUAGAUUGCUUCUUAGAGAUUGAAGAGGCUUGAGAGAAUUUUGAGAUAAUUUGGUCCAAAAUUUGAAAUUUGGGAGCUUUGGAGGGUUGUGGAGCGAAUAUAUUUCACAUGGGUUUUAAUAAUCGUUUGGAAUUUCAAUGCCCUUACGUAAAAUUUCUUGCAUAGGCCAGGCACGGUGUCUCAUGCCUGUAAUCCCAGCACUUUGGGAGGCUGAUGAGGGUGGAUUACUCGAGAUCAGGAGUUUGGGACAAGCCUGGCUGACACGGUGAAACCCCAUCUUUACUAAAAAUACAAAAUUAGCCAGGCGUGGUGGCGCACUCCUGUAAUCCCAGCUACUUGGGAGGCUGAGGCAGGACCAUUACUUGGACCUGGGAGGCAAAGGUUGCAGUCAGCCAAGAUUGUGCCAUUUCACUCCAGCCUGGACAAGAAAAGCAAAGUUCCAUCUCAAAAAAAAAAGACAAACAACAAAAAAAAAAACAACCAAAAAAACCAAAAUUGCUCAAAGCAGUAUUUUGUCUUAAUUUAUAGUGACCCACUCAUUUCAGUGCCUGACCCCUGAAUAUAGUUAACUAGACCACCUCUGAUACAGCCUCUUUAUGUUACGGAAGAGAAAACAGGCUCAAGUGGUAAAGCAACUUAUCUAUAAUGAAAUGACUAGCUACUGCCUUUUUUGCUGUAAGGGGAAAAAUAUCCAAUAUGUAGAGGCAUUUACUUGUCAAUUAGAGCAAAGAUUAAUUCAAAGAUGUCAUGUCUGCUUUUUAAAUCACCUUUUUAUCGGAUUCCUUACUUAACACUCAUAAAAUGGCUCAUUGUUUGUGGUCAUUUAGGCCCCAAUAGGGUAUGUUCUCUUUCAGGAUCAUAAAUUACUCUUACAGCGUUUGAGAUGUACUGAAGGUUCUAAGGCUUCUGUUAAACUUGGUGGAGGGAAUAGCAAAUGAAUAAUUUGUCAUUUAUUCUUGUGGCAAUUCAUUUGUAUUGGGAACCCAACUCAAAGUCAAAAUACUUUAUUUAUUGGCUUGUCAUGGUUGUUUCUUGAAAAGCAGUAGUAAUUGCAUUUGAUGUAAGUAUGAGAUAUGGAAUAACAUGAAGGAGUAAUAUUAUUUUAUAUUUCUAGGAAUAACAUAAUCUUGGGAGAAGGCCAGGAAAUUUUUGUUGCCUAGUCAAACAAAUGUUAGAUUACAUCGUGGUAUAAUUUAUAUUUUUAAACAAAACUCCCAUUGCCAAAUUUUCUUCUAAUUAAUUUAAAAAUGUAGAAACAGCAUUCCUCAAAUGAUAUCCUCUGCCACUGGAUUCAGUAAUAUAACAUAUACUUUUUGUUGAUUUUAUUUUUUAGUUCUGAGAUAAUUUACAUAUAAGUUAUAUAACCACAUGGUUCACCAUUAUAUUAGCACUAAUUUUUAUGUUAAUCUCAUGGACUGAGGUGGUAAAUGUUUUUCAUGUUCAGUAGAUCUUAGACACUAUAAAGAAAAUUUAUACAAUAAAGUGCUGCCCAUAUAAUUUCAACUAUUUCUUUGUGUAUAGAAUAUAUUAAUUAAGUGUUCUGCGUUUAUGGAAAAACAUGGGGAAAAUAGGAAGUUUCAAAUGAAUAAUCAGGGCAAAUCUUGAAUUGUUCGUGCAGUUGACUUUAAUCAUUUUUGUUGAAAGUGAAGAACAAUUAAUUGACAGUUUCCUCAAUUGUAUUAAUUUUAUUCUGAGAAUGAGUCAAGUUUUUUUUUUUUUGGUUUUAUUUUACUGUUUUAGACAUGUCACAUUUAUUUUGCUUUUCCUGUUAUUUUAUUUAUUUAUUUAUUUAUUAUUAUUAUACUUUAAGUUUUAGGGUACAUGUGCACAAUGUGCAGGUUAGUUACAUAUGUAUACAUGUGCCAUGCUGGUGCGCUGCACCCACUAACUCGUCAUCUAGCAUUAGGUAUAUCUCCCAAUGCUAUCCCUUCCCCCUCCCCCCAACCCACAACAGUCCCCAGAGUGUGAUGUUCCCCUUCCUGUGUGGCAUUAUUCACAAUAGCAAAGACUUGGAACCAACCCAAAUGUCCAACAGUGAUAGGCUGGAUUAAGAAAAUGUGGCACAUAUACACCAUGGAAUACUAUGCAGCCAUGAAAAAUGUUGAGUUCAUGUCCUUUGUAGGGACAUGGAUGAAAUUGGAAGUCAUCAUUCUCAGUAAACUAUCACAAGAACAAAAAACCAAACACCGCAUAUUCUCACUCAUAGGUGGGAAUUGAACAAUGAGUCAAGUUUUUAAUAAAUUGUUGAAAAAAUCCUGAAGGAUAACUAUAGUACCAUAAAUAGAAAGUCUUAUUAAUAAACUAAAAUACUUUUGUUUAUCAAAAAUCACCUUAUAAUUGUGAAUGUAUAUGCUGACUGUACAUUACUAUAAUUAUAAUACAUCCCUGCAUAAUCAGAGAACUUCUGGAUUCAAUAAAAAUAAAUAUCACAUAGUAAAGAUUUGUCCUGCACCAACACUUGAGUUAUAUGACAUGGGGACAUCUCAAAUAUCAGGACAGCUUCUAAGAAGAAUCUUUUGGUCCUUUAAUAAACAAUUUAGAUAUGACAACCAAACCAAAUCCUAUAUUAAACCCUACAGGAAAAUGCUUUAUUGAGGCUGCCUUGUAUAUUGACGUUCUCAUUAAAAAUUAUUCACAAAUGUCAAAUGUUUCAUUAUAUGAAAGCCCCCUUUAACAUUUAAGUAGGAUGUAUUUAACUACAAAAUACUUGUCUGUCCUUUUGUGGCAUUAGUCAUAUACUAUAAGUAAGUGAAAAGAGUUUUAAUAAUGUAUUACCUACCCUAAAAUAAUAGAUAUUUGCAUGUACAUCUAUAAACACAUGUGACAACUGGGUGCUCCAGGGGACAAAUGCUCAGAUGCACUUAGGGUACAAAAAGUUGUUGGGAGGUAGCAAUUAUGAGUGAUAAAAGAGGAAAGAAUCCAGAUAGAAAGGGGUGACAGGCCUCAAGCCACAGUGCAGAUCUGAUAGGCUCUCAGCCACCUUUCUGGAAAGCUCUGGAGUGGAGACUGCCCAUCAGAGGAGUUCUUGUUUGGGUGUAAAUGGCCAGGUCCCAAUCUUCCUGCCCUCCCUUGACCACGCCAUGCUUAGUCAUUGGCUAGGGGCAAACCCAGAGAGCAUGGCCUCAGCAGAUCUUGCAAGUAUUAUUUGUUGGGAGUUGUCAAUUAACUGCACUCCUUAAAGAUGAACAGUAAGUUGUUGAAAUAAACAUUGAGUGACAUAUGGCAACUGGCACAUGUUAAUGGCUGCUCCAAUAUAUAAUAUGUGUUUACAUACAUAUGUUAUGAAUAAAUAUAUGUAUGUACACAAUAUGCCAUGUAUGUUUAAAGUAAAGAAUGUUUAUAUUAUUGGCCAAGGUAUCUCAGACUCAAUAGAACUUUAAAUGUUUGCAGGUUUUUAUCAGUGGUUUGAGAAUUCCAUGUCAAGGUAGUUUCAAAGGAUUGGACAAUUGCAACUAUCAAGCUAGAGCUGUAUGUGAAUUUCAGACUAUUUGGUGGCUCUUUCUCUAAGUCUGAGUAUUACUGCCUCUGUAAGAUGACCAAUUAAAUACUACACCAGUGUAUAUUAUUUUUUGAAUGGAAAAACAUAUUAUACUGGGAGGGCUUAAUGAAUUGUGCUACAUAAUAUAAAGAAACUAAUCAUAAUCCAGCCUUAGGAGAUAUUGAUCUCUCAAUUCCCAAUAGCUGACUAAUAACUGUUUGAUAAAGGAAGCAUCACAACUUCCAUUUACAAUUAUUCUCAGUAUUUUAUUUCCAUUCUCAAAACUUCGUUUAAUGACGCAGACUUAAUAAAUGCCAUGUACUCUGUCAGGACAUUUUCACCUAUUGUUUUUUCCUGCAUAUUCUUCCCUCAGGUAUUGGCAAUACAAGUUUCCCUGCUUUAUUGUAAUCCCUGUUCAAAUGUCACCUUCUCAAAGAAGUCUGUCUCCAUCUGAUCUGAAAUAAAGGCUUCAGAACUAUCCUCUUCCCUUUCUUUCCCUAAAAUAAUAGUUGUUCGUAUGUGGCAAUAUAUUAUACAGCUGUAAGUUUGUGUAUCCUGAUAAUAUUGGAUACCUUAAGUACAGGGAUUUUUGUCUAUUUUCUAUGUGGCUGUACCCCCAGAACCUACAACAGUGCAUGGCAUAUGUAGUAGGCACUCAGAAAAUAUCAAUUCAGUGAAUUAAUGAAUGGAUGGGUGAUGAAUGAAGAAACAAAUGAAUAUGUUGAGAAGUCUUUGCCCGCUACUCAUGUUUCAAAAAUAUAAUUGUGUCUGUAUAAAAACAAGAGUUUACCCUGAUCCAGGCUUAUGGUACAUUCCCAUUCCAAGAGAAACUGUAUCAUCAUCUGAGGAAAAGUAAGUUUUCUCUGGUAGUAUACUUUGUAUAUCAAGAUAUGUUAACAAGAAAGGAUGUUUCUCUAGCCUUGGCAUGUGAUUUUAUUAAAGCAGUAAUCUGUUUUAAUCAGUCAUUUUUCAAGUAAUGAUUAAUUUUUAUAGAAGUCUACCUCUUGAGCAGUUGAGAAUCUUUCAAACAGCAUAAUCCUCAGCAAGGUCAAUGAGACUUUCACAUGGUCUUAUAUCAGAUUGUAUAAUAAAAUACUGGUGUAUAUUUAAGUAUAAACAGAACAAUUCCAUUUAUGUCUACUAUAAAGUGAAAAAGGAAAGAAGGUUAUGGCCUUUGCAGCUGACCUGGAGUCCUGUGCUUUAUGGUCAGUCUGGUAACUAUGAAGCAUCACUAAGUCUAAAAUGAGUAUUGUUUUCAACUUGCCACUUUUCUAUUUCUUCUGCAUCUGCAGCAGCAAUUUUGGAGAUAUUCUUUUCUCCAUGUCAUCAUAUCAUGGUUCACUUGGCCUACUUCUUCAUUUACUAUUGAAAGACAGAAGCAUAGAUCUUUCAAUAAAUCACUAGUAUUUUCUCUAAACAAUCAAUAGUUACUGACAGACUGUUUGCCUGGCUGAAAUUUUGACUUCGAGGAGGCUGUGGAAUAUCCUUUGGCCAGAAGUAAAAAUCUAAGCCCCUAAGUAGUAAAAUAUUGACCAUGUAUAAACAUGUGCUUUGUUUUCACUAAACAGGGAUUAAAAUAUGUUAAGUUUUGCAUUACUUGGUUAAGACAUUCAGUAUCUACUUAUUUUAUUCUUUACGUUGAAGUAAAAUUUAAGAAUAAUGAUAUUACUGAAAAUAAACCUAAUCAUUAGAAGUUUGUGUUUUGUGCAUAAUACAAUAAAACAAAUAUAGUUGUUUCACUACAGUCAUUAUCUCAGUUCAGAAUGAAAUAAUUAUGAGCUGGUAAGGUGAUAAUUAAAUGAAUUUUUCAGGGUAGGUUUCUGUUCAUGUUUUUUGUUUUAAUUGUUCAAUAUGAAUGGAAAUAAAAUUUUCCCUGAAGAUACUAUUUUAAGAAGAAUAAAAAGUUCUCCUGCAAUAAUCACAUUCAUACUUACGUAGUCUGACAAAUAUCAGAUAUAUUUGAUCUGAACUUUGAAAUAUGGGUGAGUGUUAAAUACCAUUAAAGAGUAGCUAAGGACAAUUAUGGUCUGACAAAACUAACCAUUCACAUUAAAAAAAAUCUAAGUAAAACUUUGAAAUAAAUUUUCACUCCUUAAAUGUCCUCCAUUAAAUAAAAUAAGUCAGUUUCAGUCUUUUAAUUAUGUUUUACUGUUUCAUUAUGUGAUAUAGAUAACAUGUAUAUGGUACAUUUACUGAGUGGUUGAUUUUUAAAGGGCAGUGUUAAUGUCUUCUCUAAGUUUUGUGAAGCAGAGUGAUCCAAAAUAUAUUUUAAGGUUAGAGUUUCACUCACUUCACCACCUUUUACAAGGAAUUCUAAUUAAUGACACUGCUGGAUGAUACAUUUGUUUUGCUAAACAUAACAGAUAGCAAAAGGAAUUUUGAAAGUAGGUGAUGCAUGAUAUUAAAUAAAAAGGAGCGUUGUACAAGUUGAGAACUCUGCCCAGUGCAUAUUUGUGUGUUUGAGUUAAAACUUAGCCUCUAUAUUAAAGGAAAACCUGAAGCUCAUGUUACAGAAUGAGCACAUAGAAAGUAGGAAGUUAUUAACAUGCAGCAUUAUUAAAAAUAUUUUAAAUACUGAUAAAUUAGAUUUAUUUUAAAGAUAUGUUUAGGAAAAAUAAGCAUUUUUAUUAGUUACUGAAAAGCAACUGAAAGGAAAUACUUAAAUGUUUUAGAAGGAAUAACCUGGUAUGAUAGUCUAAAUGCUAUAUUUUAAUAAAAGUGGUUAUAUAUUGUAUGCAGUUAUGUUUAUGAAUGCUUUAUAAAAUUUGUUUUAUAACAUUUUAUUAGUAUUUACAUUUUCUAAAGUUUACUAAAAGUAUGAUAUUCCAACAUAAAUUAAUCAUGUAACCAAAGUCUUAUUCUAUAUUUAAAUGAAAAGCUAUUACCAAUAAGAAGGAUUUUAGCUCUACUACAUAAAUAACCUUGGACUUAAUUACAAGUUAUAUUUGAAUGUAAAAAUGUAUGUUUUUUCUGAAAAUAAUGUACACGUUAUACCACAACCUCUUCUUAUUUUGAAUUUGAGGUUAAACAGAUAGAAUCGGAAAGAAAGCUGCCAUCAGACAUGGUUUUUCCUUUGUUUAGAUGGGAAACAAAUUACUUUUACUUGCAUGAACUUACGGAGUGUUUAUUGAGCAUUUGCUCUGUGUACAAAUCAUUGACAAGUAGAGUGGGAGACAUCAAAGAAACCAAAACAUGGUUACUAUCUUUAAGCAACUCAACAUAUUAAUAUGCAAGAGUACACAAAUAACUCAGGAGCAAAGUAUUUUGAAGAGCUCAGAGAACACUUCCCGUCUGAUGGAAAGUCAGAAAGAAAGAGGGCACAUUGAUAUAAGCCAAUUUCAAGUAUUGAUGGGAUUUUAAAUAUAUGAAGAGCAGUUAAGAAGACUCAUAGUUUACAAAGCUAAAAUUCUUUGCCAGUCUCCAUGUUUCAAGACUGAACCUUUUUUGCUGAAAGACUGAGAAAUGAUCAAGUUGUGAUUAAACAUGAUGAAAAUAUGCUGUCUGUGUUAAGGUUAGAUUUUACUUUUUAGGCUAUGAUAGUUUGAUCUGUAAAGUAGAAUACCAAUUAAACAUAUUAUAAUCUGAUAUUUCCAAACAACAAGGAUAUUUUUCAUGCUGUGACAAUCAUAAGAAAAUAAUAAAGAGGAAAGCAAAAUCUUUCAACAGGUAGUUAUCAAAUCCAUCAGGUUAAAGGAAGCCAUUUCUUAAUCAGAGAUAGAAUGUAGGUAAUGAUUUGUGCUAAUUAUCAUAUGAAAAUCAAACAAGAGUUAAGCAACAGAAUUCAAAUUGAGUACCUGCAUUAUUGUUCUGAUUUUGUAUGAUUAUCGAGAGUACAUUAUCAGGGCAAUUAGAAAUUAUCAUUGUCAAAACAUAUUUUGGCAUAAAAUUCAAGCAACAUUAUACUUUUUUCUGAAGCUAAUGGUGGGUUACAGUUAUUGCAGUUCAUGAUUUUCUGCAGAGAGGAAUGAAGACAGUAAGGCAGAGAGUGAGAGAGAGAGGGAGGAAAAGAUAACAGAGGGAGCAAGAAAGGAAAGAAGGAAGAAAAAAUAUCUAGACUGUUUUAACUCUCCAGGUUACUUGGCUAAUUUUAUGGUCCUCCCUCCUACUUUCACUUCUUUCAGUUCCACCUUAGCCCUGAGCUGUUCUUUCUCUUUAGUACUGGCUGUGGCAUAAAACCCUUGCAAACAUGAAAUCAGUUGGAAGAAAUUCUGAAUUUCAGCUGCCUCCAAUUAAAUCUCAUGGACUUUCUUUCCCUCCAAUUUGUAUAAUUGUUUGAUCUUGACCAAUCCCUUCUUUCUCUUUUAUAAUUUCCAAAGGUUUUUGCAUUGUGUUUUUGGUUUGUUCGUUGUUUUAAUGUUUGGGGUUAGUAUUGAUAUCAUUUUUCUUGAAGCUCUAUACUUCAUUCUCCCAGUUUUUAAGAAUUGUUUGUCAUUUCUUCCAGUCAGCUGUGACACUGUACUGAUCUUGAAAGAUUAAGAAGACAGAUAUCAUUGUUUCUCAGUGUAGAAAUGGUGACCAAUAGAAAACAGACCGUGUAAAUAAAAAUACCACUGAUUAUACAUUAUCCAGCCUCUUCUACUUUUUUUUUUUUUUUACUUAAAAGUUACCUUAUUGUUUUAUUUUCCAGAAAGGAAAGAUAAAAAAAUAACUAUUUUACAAUUUGGUAUGAGUCUUGGUGUCAACAACUUUGGAAUUCAGUAAAACAAUUUGAGGUUAAAGUAGAAAGCAUGAUUACUAAAGAGCACCUUGAAUCUGUUGCUGAACACCCUCAUAUUGGUGACUAAGUUUCAUCUUUUCCCUGACCGUGAACAUGAAUUUAAUGAAUGAAACACGAUAGAAAAAUUAAAUAAAUGAUAGUUAUUAGCUAUUAUGAAAAAUGUAUUCCAAAUGGCAAGCUCAAGGAUGUGAUAUCACUUAACACAAUUCAGCCCCAUCAUUUUGACUCAUAGACAUUAAAAGAGUAAACGAAAGACUAGAUAAACUCACAGAUAUUAAAUACUAAAGACUUUAGUGAGCCAUUAAAAUGAUUGGAGCCAUUUUCUCAAAGCUUCUUGCGUUUCCAACUUCUUUCCCACUCUGAGAAAUGUACCAGGAGUAUUUCAACUUUUUAGAGCAGGAAAAUAUUUCUGAAGAUCUUUGCUAUUCUAUUUACAAAUAUGGCCAGCUUUCUCAAUAAAACAGUAUUAAAUAGCCUAGUAUGUAUCUGAAACUGAUAUUCCUUUUGCAAAUAUUUAGCUGCUUAGUUUUUAUGCAGAGUUUGGCAAUCCCAGAAAGAAAAGUAGACCGAACUCCUCUAAUGGAUCAAGUAGAGGAGAGAUGCAAAAUUUUCUUUUUCAACAUCAGAACUUUAUUUAGAAAUGGAGAACAGUCUAACGUAAUUGUAGUUGGUCAAAUCCAUUUUGGAUACUGAAAACAUAAAGUGAAUAAAAUAAAACUAGUAACUUGCAUUCUGAGAUAAUUUUAUUGCUUUUUCAAGAAAAAUAUAUUCUUAAAAGUGAUGAAUAACACUAACAACUAUACAUUAAAUACCCCUAUUUUCUAUUGUAGUUCUCAUCCAAAUUUAAUAUAUUCUAAAAAUUAUUUGAAAUUUAACUGACUAGUUCUUUUUCUUAAAGAAGAAUAAGGCCAGUGAUGUGCUUAUAUGAGAAACACGUUUAUGAAUUAAUGAUUGAGAUAAUAACCCUAAUUUAUUUCUUUGAAUAUUCUAGACUUUGGGCUCUCCAAAGUAUAAUGUCGCUAUUAUUAGACACAAAAAGAACAAAAUUAAAAACUGUAUCCUUAAAGGACAGUUAAAAUUUGCCAGGCAGUAUAUGAGCAAAUAAUCUCAUGACUGUUCAGUCAGCUUACUGUUUCUCAGAUGGACAUAUUGUCUGUUUCACACAAACACUCCCACCCAGUCACACAAAUGACUAUUGAUAGAAUACAGACUUUAAUAAUAGAAUUUGUUUCUAAGCAGCAAAUAACUUCCCUUUGGCCUUCAAAGUCAUGCUUAUAAUUAUUUUUUGUUUGUAAUCUUCUACAUCUCAAAUCUUAUGAGAUUGUCUAAUUUAUUCCUUGCAUAGUAAUUUUGUGUGUCCUAAUGCAAAUUUCCUUUUUUAAAAUUAGAAAUAUUAAUUUGAAUAGAAACCACAGUAUUAUAUAAAACAAACAAGCCAAAAUUGGGAUCACGUGUUUUUCCACUGCUUUGUUCAAACCAUCAUUUUAUUGCAUUCCAGAAAGAACAAUCUAGAUAAAAAUUUGACAAUAUAUGUUGAAAAAUAUUAAGUAAAUUUCUAUCUUUAUUUUUCUACCACCUCUUUUCCUUUCAUUCUCCUCAUUUCUAUGGGCCUUUAUUUUUAGUACAUGUUAUCUAGCCAGUUAUAAAAGUGUUUGGGUAAACACCUUUGUGUUUGGUUUCACAUUAAGUCAGCAGUGUAUGUUUGUUAUACUCCCCAGUAGACUACUUAAAAAGGAUCACAAAAAUGGAUUCACUAGUCUAUACAAUGAUCAAAUAAAAAUCUCUUAUAAGUUAAACCAAAAAACCAAAAGCUCAUUCAAACCAAAUUACAGAGUUCUUUAUACUUAGUCUGUGGGGUGAAUUCCCUUAGAUAUUUUAUUUUGUGUUUUAUUCUCCCCCACAGAGAGUUAUUUGAGGAGAGACAGUUAUCUAAAAUGUACUUCUAACUCAAAUCUCUUUGGACUAAACUAAAUGGUAUAGACGUGUGUGUGUGUGUGUGUGUUUAUAGAAAUAUUUACAAUUUAGACAUUCUGAGCAAAAAGACACCUAUCAACUUAUCCAAGAGUUCUUAAUGUAGAUUAUUUUCUAAUAUCAUCAUCAGGCAUAUUUAAGUGGAAUAAAUUAUCUUUCACAUUGAGUCUACCAUGGGAAUUUUUAAUGAUGCUCUCUGCUGGCUUCAGUAAAUACGUAUGACUUCAUAUCUCCUGGGACAACUUCAUUUUUACAUUUUCAUUCAGUUGUGUCAGAGUUUUGUGUGCUUUGAGACCAAGAAAAUUUCAUUUUGGAAGUUGUCAUUAUGGGGAUAUCAUAGCACUUUGAUGAGAUUUUCUUAUUCAGGUAUAAAAUAGUAGUUGGAAAUAAACAUACAAAUAAGUAUGAUAUUUUUAUUUAUGUUUAAAAUAGCAACAGUGGUAUCACUUGUGGGGUUUUUUUUGGUAGUUUAUGGUUAGCAAGUUUAACUGUUUAAACCUGUUUUAUUUUAAAUUUAAACGUAUUUCAUUUUAAUUUUAAACAUGUUUCUAAGAUAUAGCUUUCUUGACUGAUAAAGAAUGAACCAUUGGAUAUAGUUCAUAAUAUCUAUGUAUUAGGAUGUCACAGCAGACCAAAAAAGAUAGUACAUACUGUCACAUUCAGGAUCAUAGAUAUUCUAAAACUGUUGCAUAAAGAUGAGCCCUUUUGUGUUACCUUGCAAAGUUGCUAUAGUUACAGAAUGUGGCUUUAUGGCAAUUUCACUUUGCUUAGUAAUAUUAGAUACUGAAACGAAAGUCUCAUUUUAUAUUAUUCUUAAGUCUCUUAUUUGAAAAUAACUUCAUUUGUAAGAUAUUCUGCAUUAUUUUCACAAUCUUUCUUUUUCUUCCACAAGUUAUUUGCAAAGAACAAACAUUUGAGCAUAUGUUUUGCUUCCAGACACUGAGCAUAGGACAGAAUUUUCGCUCCCUCCCCCUUCAAUUGCUAUUUUUGCGUUUAUAGAAAAAAAAGUUUGUAUUAUAUUUUUUUAAAAAAAACAGUAUGUUCUCAGCUGGUAAACUCCAUUUAACAAUACUGUUAAAACCUAUGGGUUUCUAUGUUACUGCAACUUAGUUUAAAGCAGAGUUGUAUGUACCUGUGAGCAGUGAGUUUCAAACUAUCAUAGAGUUUCAAGAUUCCAUAGAGUUUCAAGUGUAGAUAUUACUACACUUUCAUGGAAAGAUAAUGUGCUCUCGGAAAACAUGGUUCAUAUUUAUCUCCUACGAAGCUACAAUGCUGGAUACUGGGGCCGCAAAACAUGAAUACAUGAUCUCUAGUAAGAUAUUUAGUCUAAUUUCCACUCUUCAUAUAGAUCUUCAAAACUAAAUAAUUUAUUUUUUAGUAGAAGUUGAUGUUGGAGUUGCUUUGCUCACAAACAAACAUUUUGAAUCACAGAAAUGCAUUAUUUGAAAGCUCAUUUCUCAAGUUCAUUUUAAGUAUUCAUUUAGGUACUGUUAAUAUGUGUAGGCAUAAGAAAAUUUGAAUUGCUAAAAAACUAAAUUGACAAGAUAAGUAGAAUACAAUUAAUACAGCUUUGAUUGAUACAUUGUUGAGAAAAUAACAUUUACCAAACAAUAUGUCCAUUUAUAUCUAAUGAUAAGAUAGGAGUCUCAGUGAUUUUUCUUAGUGUUUUUCCUGUAAAUUUUUAAAAAGUCUUUUUGACUUCUAAUUUCUUGUCUGCUGCAGAAACUAGUUCAAAAGGUAAGCUGCUUUCGUCAAAAGUUUUGAAGUAACAUUUUUUUGUGCUUUAUAUUUACCUUCUUAACUUUUUAUCGAAGCAUACUAAGAAUACAGAGAAAUGAAUUUUCACAAACUCAAUGCACACAUGUGUUUAGCAAGAAGCAGAAUAUUUCUAACUCCCAGAAGCAUGCCAUCCUGGUGCUCUCUUCCUGGCUGUUACACACUGCACCCCUGAAAGUAAUCAACAUUCUGACUUUAACUAAGUAGAUUAGUUUGCCUGAUUCUUUAUUUUGUAAAAAUGGAAUCAUCACAGUAUGUAGGCUUCUGUGUUGGGAGACUUGAAUAUUAUGUUUCUAAAUUGUCAUUGUCAUUGCCAUUGUGGUAUAGUAUUCUAUUGUUUACCUAAAUCACAAUUUAUUUAUUCUGCUACUAACAGUGAGUAAUCAUACUUGUAAAUACAAAAUAUGUUUACAUGUUUUUACACAUAAUAUACUUUAUGUAAAUCCUAUAGUGUCCCAAGAAACAAGUUUUGGAGGCAAAAUGUAUCCUUGAAUUAACAAUUUCUACACUUGAUUCUGUGUAGUAUUAGUGUUGCUGAGCAAUUCAAAUUUUACAUUAUUUUAAUGUUAUCCAGUAACAUUCACCGAUAUUUUCCAGUGUUUGAAUAUUUGCUGUAGGGUACAGUUGUGUACAAAUACUUAAAAUGCAAAAAAAAAAAAAAAGAUGUAAAUGUUGAAUGUUGUGAACUACUUUGAAAUGAAAUCUGAAAAUGAUUAAAAACUUCAAUUAACAAAAGCAAUGUGAAUUUCAAUAGCAAAACCAAACUCUGGAUAAACCUAGAAACUAUUAUGUUCAAAGAGAAAAUUAGCUUAUAUGGAUCAGUAUAUACACCUUAAUGCCUAACAUGAAGACCAUUUCGGAUUUACUCUUAAUUAUUCAACUAAUGUCAAUGCAAAAAUGAAAAGAAAAUUGCAAAUAGAAUAUUCGUCACAAAACAAAGGUCAAGACUUUCAGAGAGAGCAGUUAGUUUAUCUGCUUCAAAAUUUCAUUUUAAGAAUAAUAGCAUUUAAAUAUUAAAUAGCUGUGGUGUUAUAUUACAAUUUAAAAAAUAAUUUUAUGGACAUUUAUUUUGUGUUAACAUUCGCUACUAUGACAGUUGUCUAUUACCAAAUAUGUAUGUCAGGUAAGCAUAUUUUGAUGUUAUAAAAAUAUAUAUGUUUUCUUUUCACAAUAUGUUUUAAUAAUAAAAACUGUAUAUCUUUUUUAUAGAAAAGCCUCUGACACUUUUGUAUGUAUAAGUCUGUUACAGUAAAAUGAUACACAAUUUAUGAUUAUGGUCACUCAUUGUUAUCUUAAAACAAAAUAUUAUUAAAGGUACAUAAUAAUUUAUGGUUGAAGGAAUUUCUAAGAAAUGCUAUGAAUUUCAAUUUCUUGUUUCCAGAUCCCCAAAAUUAUUAUUUCUCAGGAAUUGAGAACACUACUGAUGGUGACAAUAAAAAUACUGUGGGCACCUGUGGGUUUGUCUUUAACUUGGCGCUCAAUUUUUAUCUGAGAUCAGGUGCUUAUAAAACUUUUUAUGGUUUGCUGGUUCUGUCUGGGUAACAUGGGGAGAAAACUGCACUGAAGCCUGAUAAACAUGGUUUAAACUCUAGCUCAGCCGUAUACCAGCUAUGUCACCUGGGCUGUUACACAAAUUCUUUGAAACUUAUUUUCUUUAAAUAAAAUACGGAAAGCAAUAUUUUAAACGAGAGAUAAUGCAUGGAAAAUACCUGACAAAUAGUAGGAAUUUCAUAAAUGAAGUUAUUAUAUACUUUUUGAAUUUAACCAGAGGAAAAGUUGGAAAAACAAAUGUAACAAUGGUUUUAAAUGUGGUUUGUCCAUGUGUGAUGUUAGUGAUAAAAUACCACCACAUUUUAUUUAAAGUAUAUGUGUAACUGAAAAUCUACUUAAAUGUUAGGAGGUUGAUUUUGAAAUGUUAGGCAAUGUAACCUAAUUCAGUCUUUAGAAAUUCAUAAAUUCUACUUUAACUUUUUAAGUCAUUUUUCAUGAAAACAGUGUUUUGUUUUGACAAUAUAUCCUUUUAGUGGUUGUUUUAUUGAAAAGUAGUUAUUUGCAAAGAACAAAAAUUUUAGCAUAUGUUUUGCUUCCAGACACUGAACAUAGGACGGAAUUUUCGCUCCCUCCCCCUUCAAUUGCUAUUUUUGCCUUUAUAGAAAAAAAAGUUUGUAUUAUAUUUUUUUAAAAAAACAGUAUGUUCUCAGCUGGCAAACUCCAUUAACUCCUGGGACAGGAGUAGUAAAUUCAGGAAUUUACUACAGCAUUUGAAUAAUAAUUUUAUAUUAAAAGGCAUUACCCUCUAAUGUAAAUUUCAUGUAUUCUUAAUUAUAUACAAUUUCAGAGACAUUAUUAUUUGGUUAACAUUUAAAUCUUUUGAUAAGCACAUAGACUUAAACCUCCUCACUCAAAUCAGGGUCCAGCCCCUGAUUCCACUCUUCCAGCCUUGUUUGAUCUUGUCUAGACCUCACUUUCCAUAAUUCAGAAGUCCUUGUGGGUAGGAAAGAAAACCCUGUAUGUCCUUUCUUAUAGAAUUAGUCAUUAGUAAUUUUUGCAAGUGUCAUUUUUAUCAACAGCAUGACAACAAAGCCUCUUAAUGUUUAAUUAGUUAUACUGCAUAGUAAAAGUAGAAAUUGUCAACCAAAAUCAUGUAGUAAAUCACAGAAAAUUUAUAGCUGAAUAACAUUGACCAUGCCAGAAACAGGAUUCAAUGCUAUUUUUCAUUUCUUUAGGAAAGCUGGAACAAGGGAGAAAUGUGUAUAUAUUGCAACAAAGUACAUUAGCAUCAAAUACCCUUUGCUUUCUAAGGACAGAAGGGGAAUAGAUUGCUAAAGAAAACAGGAAGAUGAAGCUUACAGGAAAUAUUUAAGAUGAGAUCACAUAUCAGUCUGAUAUUUUAAUGUAUUAUGCUUUUAAGCAGAGAGGAGGACUCUUACAUUGCACAUCUUUUAGGAAAAUAUCUUCUGUUUGCUUUGUCUCAGAGAAGUUUGGGUAAGUUCAUCUGAAUAAAGUUUUAAAGUUGAUUUAAUAAAUUCAUAUGGUUGAUAAUGUGAUGCUACUUAAUAAUCUAUAAUUAGCUGCCAAAUCUGGUCUACAUCUCUUGACUUCUCUGUGUCCUGACACCGUUGAGACACCUCGACUCUGCUCAUGUCUUCUCUAGUCAUAAUUGUUCCCCAGGGCUUAUUACAAGCAUUGCUUAAAGCUUGUUACCUGAGGCAGGGAACCUUUGGAUGAUUCCAUUUGGUACAGCCCCAUACUGAUGUUUGUUGUUAAUUAUCCUCUUGCUUUAGUGAUUUGCAGCAUUAUUUUCAGUGUAUUUCUAUAGACCUGGGUUCCAUAAUUGGUGUUCACAGUCAAACUCCAUUUAUUUAUGUCUAGGAAGGAAAUUCUGUUAUUCUGAAAGCAAGACAAAACACAAAAUGCCUGAUUCUUCUGUUAACCUCGUGCAAAUUGUUGGCCAUUUGGAGUAAACAUUCAUUUAGAAUAUGAAGAACCUCAGAAACCAUAAUGACAAUUAAAUGAUGUCAUGUCUUUUAAAAAUGACUGAUUUACUCCUAAAACAAAGAUGAGUGAGUAUCAUAGGCAUUGUUCUAUCUGUGGGAGACACAGUGGUUAAUAGAGCUUAUAUUCUAAUGCUUAUAAAUUGUGAAGAUUGACAUGUAAUAUGUGAUCACAUAUGACUAUUCUACAAAAUACCUUUAUUUUCUGAGGUUUAAUUAACUUGACAAGCAAGAAAUGAAAUAUUGUCUUGGCCUUUCAGAAUACAUAUACUCCUUAUUUCAGUUGGUUAGAAAAGAAAUCAAAAGAGAUAACCUGAUACUGGGUGAGUGCAGCUACAUUUCUUGGGUGCCAACAUAUAAAGUUUUAAAUACUUUUACAAAGCAUUCUAAUUCUGAUCUUUUUUUCUCUUGUGGAUAACUUCACAGGGAAAAAACCCAGCUUCUUUGCUUAUUGCAUAUGAUGUAUCUCCAAAGCAAAUGUUUCUGCAGUUCCCAUAUCUGACUGCAGAAAUGCAGCAGAGAACCAUUUGUCUGUGUCAUUGUCCUGCACAUCCCUGGAAUUCAUUUCUACUGCUAGUAUAGAGUAUUGGGAAAAGAGGCAUCUUUAAUUCAGUGUUGAAAAAUGUAUACUUAUUUCUUCCAUAGCUCAGUUUGUGUGGAGUACUGGGUGGCAGGACUCGGAGCCUGCCGCAAAUACGUCUCAACCGUGGGCAUGCCUCAGCACCUCCUUUUAAUGCUACUUUCUGUAGCAUUACGACCAUAACACAACAUGACAAGAUUCUUUUCCUAUAGCCAGUACUUGGAUCCGCAGUUACCUAUAGGCAUAUUCAGGCACUUCAGAAUAGCAAGAAAAACAGAGGUGGAAAGAGAUAAUUCUAAUUAUUUAUUCAUCUGUUCACAGACUAGACCACAGGCGAAACUGAGAAAGAGGAACUUGGCAAAUAAGUACCACCUGCUGCCCCCACCACCCCGACUCCUAUCCUCCCCUAUUCUUUUCCUUUAGAUCUUAAUGUGCUACCUAUUACAUCAUCAUAUCUGCUCACAGAUUAUUAAAUGAAGGGAUUUGACUUUUUAACACAUACAUUUAAAGCAUGAUGGAAGAAAAAUUAAAACAUUUAUUUGGGAGAAAAUUUUAUUUAUUCAUAACUCCUGAAAUUAUACUCUCUUGACUAAUUUCUAGCAAUAUGCACUAAUUUAAGAGAGAAAAAAUAAUUGGAAAUAACUGCAAAUAAGCAAUCUAUAUGAGUAUAUAUAGAUUGCUUGAUUUUUAAGAAAGUGGCUCCUGUAGGGCCUGGCAAGUCAGAAAUGUGUUGGGCAAAUGGCAGGCUGGAGAUUCAGGUAAGGGUUAGUUGCAGUCUUUACUCAGAAAGCUGGAAACUCGGGCAGAAUUUCUGUAUUGCAGUCUAGAAGCAGAAUCCCUCCUUUCUGAGAAACCUGUCUUUGAUCUCAAGGUUUUCAACUGAUUGGAUAAGAUACAGCCACACUAUGUAGGGUCAUCUGCUCUACUUAAAGUCAACUGAUUUGAAUGCCAGUUACAUCUACAGGGUACCUUUACAACAUCUAGACCAGUGUUUGACCAAACAACUGGUCAUCAUAGCCAAGUUGGCACAUAAAACAAAAAUUACCCAUCAUGGUGCUCUAAAAAACAAAAAACAAAUCUUCACUACUCCCACCUUUUGUUAAAAUGUUGUAUUAAUAGUACUGUUAAAGUGCUUGUUUGUACAUGAGAAUCUUUGGGGAAGCAAAAACCUACCUGGUAGAGAAUCCCUGGGGAAGGAAAAACUCUACCAGGCAGAGGUGAUUCUGAAGAGUUUUAUUUUUAAAUUAUAAGCUUUUUCCCCAAAUACAUCUGAUGAAAGGUUCUGUGGAACAAUCUCGUCAGCCAUGCUAUUUAUUGUAUUCUGUGGUUAGCAUAAGGGAAACAUACAAAGGAAUGAGCAAUUUCUUCUUCAUCAUCCUUAAUUGAAUCCUUAUAGCUCAGUCACUUUUAAAGAGGUGGUAGUCUUUCUGAUGUCCAGGGUUCUAGAAUUACAGAGUUUAUAAAAAGCCAGUACAGGAUGCCCACAUGGGUUUCUGGUUUCUUUUGAGGAAAAAACAAAAACAAAAUAGAAACUGGAGGCGACUUCAGAUGUUGUAGAGCUGUAGGGUGUAGGUGGAGGAGGAGGGCCUUCUGGUGUCAGGCUCAGCAAUUGAUCAAAAGAACUGCCUGACAAAAUACCAAAGCCAGUAAACCUUCCAAAACUUCUAAAGCUACUUCACAGGGCCUUCUACUCACAGGGAAAAUUUAAAAUGGCACUCAGCCUCAGGAGGGUUCCUGCAGGGUCCUGGAACUGAAGAAAACUGUGAAGCAAGUAAAAGUGGGCUCUGGUAAUGUAGAAUUUAGUAUGCAUUAGUUUUUCCUCUUUUAAAUUCUUAUUUUCAGUAACUUUAUAAUUCUCCUCGUUUUCAGGCACUUAUUGAACUGUUUUGCCCAGAUUUCUUUAAAAGCAGUAUGUGUUCCUUCUCACAGCCACUUGCCUCCUACCUUAAAAAGCAGAAUCCAGAGGAGCAAGCAGGCAAACCCCGAAAACAGAACUUGCAGUCCCUUUGGAAUCUAACAUUAGAGGUGGAUGAGUGGCAGCUGGUUGGAUGUGAAAUCUUGGAAGUAAAAUAUGUUGAUCACAAUCAGUUAACAUUUAUGGAAUGCCUAUAUGGCUCCAUCUCAGAAGAGUUGAUGCCAAGGAAAAGAAUUCUCUAACGUUUUUGUUUUUUUGUACUCUUCCCACAGAGCAUGGCUUUGCUAAGCUCCUCUGGCUCCUUGCUAACCCUGCAACAAGUUACACUCAUGGUUUUCUGAGUAGAAUAUUAUUGUGAAGCAGUUCACCAGUAUGUAUUAACUAACUCUUCACAUGCAUAUUACCAUUCAAAUACUAUUAAUGUAGUAUAGUCAAGUGAUUAUAUUGCUUGUUUUCAGGAAACCUUCAGAUUCAGCAGGAGGCAAAAUAUGAAUUUGGAAAACAACAAAAGACCAAUUAAAGUAUAUAACUUCGUGUUCAAUUGUAAAUGACUAAAGCAUAAAGAACUCAAAGAAAGAAGGAAUCACUUUAGUGCAGUGAUUCAGAAAAGAUGUGAUUGGACUUGAUCUGGGAGUGGAAAAAGUUCAGUGUUUGAGCAGGCAGAGAAAAAGUCUCAGCUGCUAAAGUAGAAUUUUCUAGUCCCUGCAACUAAUCUCCUUACCAUCUUUUCUACCUUAGAAUUAACUAGCCUGUGAAGCACUGAGACUAGAACGGAAAAGUAGUUUGUGAUGUUCACUAUCUUUGUUUAACUUUUUAAGAAUAAUCAAUAGAAAAAAUAAACUGCAAACUGUGUAGAUAUGUAUGUGUGUAUGUGUGUAUAUAUAUAUGUGUGUGUGUGUGUAUAUGUGUGUGUCUAUGUGUGUGUUGGGGAUGUGUGUGUAUUGAGUGGGAGAUUACAUCAAGCACAUCAUUAACAUUGAACUAGGACACCAUCCUUUAGAUGAGUUACUAAAGUUUUAACAGGAAGAAAGAGACAGUAAAACAUUAAAAUGAAGUUUAAAUAGUUCAAUAAAAAUUAAGUGUAACAAUUACCAAUGUGGAUAUGUGGAGGAAGAAAAUAAGAAGUAACUUAACUCUGUUAAAAAUAUUAUAAGAUUUUAACAGAAGCAAACAGAGUUCCUUUGGCCAAUAAAAGAAUCACAUUAUUUUUUGUUUUAAAUUUGUCUCCCAUAUGUACCCCCUAAGUCAUUCAUAAUACCAAUAUUUUGGGGUAGAUGGGAAUAAUUAUCUUCUUACAAGAACAUAAAGAAGUAAUGUGUCUCUUCUACCAUGUUACUGCUUAAAAAUAAAGAGCCGAACGGUAGGCAAAUGUGGAGAUUGUUGGCAAUUUUGGAAUGUAUAUUAGUUACUGUGAUAAACUGGCAUAUUUGAUCUCAUUAGAAUUACAGAUUCUUACUAUAAUGAGAUGUGAAAAGAAGAUGUUGAAAGAAUGGAGAACUCAUGAGCAAAUACUGAUAUUGUAUUAUGCAUUAUAAUAUACAUGUAAUCCAAAGAGAACCAAAUAGGUGAAUGUCCUUAUUUUACAUCAGGCCCUGGGCUUGACUCACCUUUGUUUUCCUAGUGUGUAGUACAGUGGGAAAUAUAUAGUAAAUAUUAAAAAAGAAUUUGUUGGACUUAAUUACAUUUUAGUUGUAAAUAAUUGUGUUUUUAAAUAUUUCAAUAGUCCCCAGCAUCAGACCACAGUAUUUUUUGUGACUUCCUGAGUGGAAUUUUUCAUUAUGAUAAUGGUGUCACAGAGUUUUGGAGAUGUUCUAAGAAACCAAACAAAAAAGAAUCCCUUGCCAUAUUUUCAGUUAGGUAGAAAACAAAAAAUCUUAGUUUCUCCUCUAGGAUGGGUUUUACAUUCAUCAAGAGGAAGAUGUACUUCUGUGUUUCAACAGUUUGAAUUUUGAGAUCUUUACUUGGGAUCAUGCCUGCCUGUCUUAAUAGUUACAAUCCAGGAGGGGCUGGAAAAAGAGUAGUUAGCCUUGCUAGGUAUAUUCCACUCCUGCACCCAGCAUGACAGAAUCCCUGUCAGGAGUGAGGCUUAUGUCAGUCAGUCUAAUAAACAACAUGGAAUUACAGGGUCUCUUCCGCUUUCAAGGCUGUCUGCUUAGAACUUGAGUCCUCUGGUUGUAGUAUCUAUUGCUGCAUUCUGUAGGGUGAGGGAAUGUACUGUCUUUUUAAAUUUGGGCUGACAGUGCAAUGUGCUAUAAGCCUGAGAUGAGAUCAGAAUUGAUUGAGCUAGAAAAUUAACUGGGGUGUUAUUUGCUUCUGCCACCCAUUAGCUUAGUUUGACCAUCUGCCAACACAAAAUCAUAAUUCCUGGGGCUUUUAUGCCUGGAUAUCAAGCUGUUGGUUCUGUUGGUCUCUGCUUACCUCUAAGAAAAUCCCAUGGGGAGAAUGUAAUUGGGAAAAGAAAUAAAAUCUCAAUUGAGGAGCUUAGCUUUUAAGGCCUAAUGUAAUUGGUUAGGCAUGAGGUAGAAAUCUUAUCUUGUUUCCCAAGAGCAAGCUUGAAAACCAUAAAAAGAAAAGCAUUGGAGAAAAACGGCUGGAUUUUAGGAUAAAUAUUUGAAUAUAUAGUAAUAAGAAUAGUAAUAAUAAUAAUAAUUGCUAAAAUAUAUUGAGUAACUAAUAUAUGUUACUCAUCUUUCAUCUUUAGAUGGAUUGUCUCAUGGUUGGAGAGUGUACAUUAGUAGAAUCUUAGUAUCUCCAUAUUUGGUAUACUAGGUUUUAUUUGUUUUUAUUUAUAUUUAAGAUAUACAACAUGGUGUUUUGAUAUACUUACAUGCAAUGAAGAAGUUAUACGGUCAACAUCUUAGUUUUGAUUCAAAUUGUAAUAUAGUGAUGUCAAAAAAAUGUACCCCUCUUAAGAAAAUUAAGUUGUAAAUAUGUUCUCUCAAAACAACAAAAGAAACAAACUGAAAGUUUGUCCUGGGGGAGAGUCUGAUACUACUAGAGAAUUUUCUCUUUAAAACAAAGUAGAACAAAACAAAAACAACUCCUGGGAGCAGAAUGCUCUAGUAUAAAAUAUUUUAUAUUCACUAACAUAUAACACCACUUUUGUGUAUGGACAACUGAUGGGGCUUUUUUACAUACUUUGUAAUUGUGGUUCUACCAGUUUUAGCAUCUAAAUCUACCCAUUUAAUAAUUUUAUUAUAGUAAUGCUUAUUCGUAAGAUACAUUUGACAGGAAUUCCCAUUUCUCAACAUAGUAUAUAAAAAUAUGAAGGACUGUCAGCCUACUUAAUGGACCAAAGAAAAGCAAAAUGGUAGCAAUGAAUAUUAAUGGUAGGCCUGGGAGGGCCCCACAGGAAAUGAAAUGAGAUUCAACUUUUUUCUGUUAAUUGUGUUAAAGAUUAUUUUUCUUUGACUAAGAAUUCUUCUGUUGGAAGUAAAAGUAAGACCAUCUCUUGCUAGAAAAAAAUGAAAUAAAAUGUUUUAUUACUUUUAUUACUACUAUUUCAUUUGGAGAUGAAAAUACACUUUUUAGGAUAAAAGCAUACCACAUUUAUCAAAAAUUAUUCUCAAAACGUGAUGCUAACAGUAAAACGAUUUCAAAGUUAAUUUAGAAGAAAAGAAUCCUGAAGUCUCCCCUUUCUCCUUGUGUGACCAAUACCCCUAUUGGUGCCUCAGGUUUUUCAUCUAUAAAAAACAGAGAUGGAAAAAUGCCCAUUUUAAAACAGUGUGGUUGUCAGGAUUAAAUCUAAAGUGUUUCAAGUACCUGACAAAGAAUUGAUAGUAUGAUAUAUGUAUGUGUUGAUAUUCAGUGUACACUAUCUGAGAUAACGGUGCUAGGGAAAUAAUAACUGGAAUUAACUAUUCCUUGUAAGAAAAGUUGGAUAAGUGAAAAUCCUAAAUCAAGAUGGCAUCUGAACUAAGACAAGAGAGUCAUUCUUUGCAAAACACUUCAUGGCUCAAUAGGAAACAGACUUUGUUGAUGACUUUGGUUUGAUUUAUUUUUAACUAAUUUAACAAAUAAUUUUUAAGCAUGUGCAGUGUGCCAAAAUACUACGUUGUGUCCUAGAAAACCAUAUGAGGCAAAUUGGUUGCCCUUGGGCAGCAUUAUUAUAAAUUGAAUUAAGGUAUUUAAAAACAUUUAGGUCACAAACCAAUGGGGUGGGCUGGAGUUAAGACUUAGUAACAUAAUUAAUAGCAAUUUAUUUCAUUCACUGGUUUCUGAGCAACUCCUUCCCUGGAGGCACUUGCCAGGUCAGCAUUGUUUUUUGCAGAGCAUCAUAAAUCUCCAAUGACCAGCUCUUGGCCAUAAAUACAGAAAAUAUACUUGUGAGGUUAUUUUCAAUGUACAAUAUGGAAUUUCUGAAAUAAUAAUGAUCUAACAGGUGCAGUCUGGGUGUUUUGAAAAAUUACUCAAUCUUUUUCUGUUUAUCAAGCAAUUUGUAUAUUAUGCCAAAAAUAUUCUAAAAAGUCAAUUUUUUCAAGUUCUCUAAAGUGGAGCUCAUGGUUAAUUCAGAGCAUAAACCACCCCGCCCAAAAUGAAAAAUAACUCAGAACCUAAGUACUCUGCUGCUCCAAAACUGCCAGAAUUAACCAGACUGGAAAUGAGCUCAAUUAUAAUCAGCUUGGAUGCUUAAUCUUUUAAAUUAAUCCAUAGAAAUGCUAUUAUUAUAUUGAUUCAUUAUAGAAUGUUAUAAUCAUGAAAUUCUUUAGAAGUAACUAUACAGUGCAUUAGCAAUUACCCCAAAGCACAUGAAUUCUAUUCUGUAGCAGGAAUUUUGGCUAUCAAGAUUUGUUUGUUUUGAUAUUACAGGGGUAUUGCUUUUAUUUAACAACCGUUUAUAUAGUGUUAUUAUAUGCCAGUCACCAUUCUUACUGCUUUAUAAAUGUUAUCUCAUUUGAUCCUUAUAACAGCCUCAAGGGCUAGAUAUUAUGGUUACUUCAUUAUAAAGAAACUGAGGCACAGAUAGGUUAAUGUGCUCAUGACCCAAUAGCUACUGAAUGGUGGAACUAGAAUUCUAAGUCAGUAAUUUGGUUCCAGUGUCUGUGAUCUAACUUUUAGACAUCAUAUGGGGGAGUGGGAAAUUAUAUUUUCUUUUUUAGAGACAGGGUCUUGCUUUGCCACCUAGGUUGGAGUAUAGGGGUACAAUCAUAGCUCACUGCAGCCUCUACUCCUGAACUCAAAUGAUCCUCCUGCUUCAAUCUCAAGUUUUGAUUGUUGACCGUGUAAAUUCUUCACUACAUGUAGCUAGGACUACAGGAAUGCACCACCACACCCAGCUAAUUAAUUUUUAUUUUAUUUUUUAUUCUUUUGUAGAGACAAGAUCUUGUUUUGUUGCCCAGAGUGCUCUUAAACUUCUGGCCACAAGUGGUCCUCGCACCUUUGCCUCCCAAAGUGCUGGGAUUACAAGAGUGAGCCACCGCAUCAGGCCUGAGAUUUUCAGGUGUAACACCAGUGAGAGUGAUUAUUUUAUUUUAUUUUAUUUUUAUUUUAUUCUUAUUUUCUUGAGCCCUGGCCUAAAGGAAAGACCUGACUAUUUAGCAUAAAAUGGUAGCCCCACCAACCUCUACUAUGUCUCCUAUGCCCAAACAUUACUCUGCUAUUCUACUGCGAGUUUUCUACCACCUCCAAGGUAUGCCUUAGACCCUAAAUACCCAAUAUCACUACUCGCUCCCCAUUCAACAUCACCAUCACCUAGCUCCUGCAAGUACUCCACACUCCUCAACCCUCAGCUCAACAACGUAUAUCUGCACUCCACCAGACUGAUGGAUGGGCCCUUGUGUAGGCAUGGGUUAUACUGUGUACAAUCACCAUUAUUACACAUUACAUUUUAGUUCAUCUUUUGGUCUCACAUCUCUCUCUCCCACAAAAUCGUAAGUUCCUUGAAGAUAGUGGCUGUGAAAUGACUCACAUUAUAUAUAAAGAAGAAAUAUGAAAAAUAUAUAAAAGAGUAACUAAUUUAUGUCACAUGCAUACACACACAAAAAGGGGGAAAAGAAUGGAGGGCGAAAUAUGUGAAAGAGUUAAAGGUAGUUGUCUCUGAGUAAUAGGGUUUGUUAUGAGAAUUUUUUUUCUUACACUUUCUCUAAAUAUUUCAAAUUCUCUACAGGGAAAAUGAAGUAGUUUUAUUACAUUAAAAUACAUAAGCAUACCCUAGAUCUGUUAGAAAUGAAAAUGGAGUUCUUCACUGAACAAGAACAUUAUAUACCAAGGGCUUUAAAAUACUCUAAAUUUUAAUAUGUGGAAUGUAGUGAGUGUUUAAUAUAUUUAGACCAAUGGAUGAAUGAAGAAAUUGAAUGUGACAUCUCUGCUUAAACUAAGUGAAUUUUUCUAAACUUAGAAAUCCUUCUAUACCAUUAAUCCUGAAAAUUUUGAAGCUCCUUAAUAUGCUUUUAGUGACCCCUCGGCAUGUUUUGAGUUUCUCCUUUCUCCCAACACUCUCCACCAAAAAAGGGUCAAUUUAAAUACAUUUGAAAUUAGAAACAAUAUAGCAGCAGAGAUGUCCUUAAACAUAUCUAGAUCUAACAAUGUGGCCUGUGCCUAUAUAUUUCUCUUAAAUUGAAUGAAUAAUUAUCUCAUUUACUUAGCAUAAUUUAUUGUACACAUUUAUAAAGUCCUGCUUGAAGGGAGAUCAUAAUAUUUUAGAACUUUCUACAUUUGUUCGCCUUAUAAGCCCAUGUUAGAUCCUGCUUAUCUGAAUAAAUUGAAAGAAAGCCAUAUUAAAAAUGAUAAAUCAUAUAAUUGUCAGCUAAUUAGUGGAGAAUAUAGGGCUUUUUAGAAAAAACAUUUUGCUUUGUAAAAUGCCAUACAGGAAUAGGACAUUUUAAAUAAUAAAUUGAUAAAUUAUAAAGAUAAUAGAGAAUAGGAGAGCAUUCUUGCUUAGGAUUGCAGUAAAGAUAAACUGAAAAUAAACUGAGCAAAAACUUCAGAUAAAUUCCGUAGAUCUCUAUUUUUUAUUGUUUCGGAACAAUUCAAAAUGCUAGAUCUGAUUAAUAGACUUUUCUGAUUAACAUAGAUUUAUCCUAUAUGCUACUGAUAAAUGAAACUUUCAAAUAAUUUUAAUUUUUCAAUAAAAUAUGAUUAACACUUUUACAAUGCACAUAUGUUCAGAAUGUACUUUAAAAUCCCACAGCACCUCAAAAACUAUCGUUAACUUAUUCAAUGAAAUAUAUUGAGAUUUUAUUUAUAGCAGAGUAGUAACUUCUGAGGAUGUUGUGCAGAAGUCCAAGACAUAGGUCCUAACCACAGAGAGCUUGGGAUAUUGAUGAUAAAUUGUAUAUGCUAAAUAGAGAUUGCAUAUGGUCUUUUGCAAACGACAUCCUGCAAAAGGGAUUUGAUGAGUGAAAAAUGAAAGGGUGGUGAGGAGCUUCUUUUUGGAAGUCCAGGAAAGGGGAAAAUGUUUCCAAGAAUCCAGGCAACAUUUAGAUCAUUGGUGGCAAAGGAAGAAGAUAAUAGGGCAACACAUGGGUUACAAGCUCAAAAGUGUCGUGAUAGGAAAGUAAUUUCCGGAGACAGAGUCAAGAAAAACUUAAACUGGAAGAUUUAUGCAAAAGAAUAGUAAGUUGCAAAUGCAGAGCUGUAAUUAGGACUACAUCGGAAGCCAUUGAGAAUGUCUGGGUACAAAAUAAGACCUGACUGCCAUGUGUGUUGGUGCAUGCCUUUAGUCCAGCUACUCAGAAGGCUGAGGCGGGGGGAUCCCUUGAGCUUAGGAGUUAGAGACCAGCCUGGACAACAUAACGAGCACCCACCUCUUAAAAGAACACUCAGUGAUUGGCUAAAUUUUACUCAAUGUGGGAACUAUGGUAGAAAUUUAAGCUUGGGUAAGUGAAGUUUAAAAGAUUAAACCUAUGGUUAUUUGGUUUUAUAAUAAAUGAAUAAUAAUUAUACUAGGAAAUUUGAUAAUUUAGGAAUUUGGAGAGUAAUGUAUUUUUAUAUUAUUUGUCUCCAAAUUUCACAUAUUUGAUAUGCCAACACAGAUUUCUCUGAGUAGAAAAUGUUAUUUACCUAUUGGCAAAAUUAUGAUAAUUCUGGAGAAUCCAAUUACAAUAUUAUUAUUGAGUACCUAUAAUGUAGAAAUGACAGUUUCUAAUAAGUUAUUUUAAAAGCCAAAAAGCAUUUAAGUGUCUUAUUAACUUUUGCAUUCCCCAGACUUGUCAUGGUAUUUAGCCCUGAGCAGAUGCUCAGCAACUGUUUAUUCAAUAAAUGAAUGAUGUAUUUAAUUAGUUGAGUCUUUCAACUUUAAUGCCUUAAAUUGUCAAUUAACUAGAAAUUUCAAAUCAACUCACUUAUGUUGAGUUAAUAACAGGGCUAAGAAUGUGUUGGGUUUUGGUGGACACAAGGAAGUAAUGUGUUGUACUUGGCUUAACGUAAUUUCAAAAUCUAGUGACAUAACUACCUUUUAAUUAGACAAAUUAAAUAAUUAAAGUUAAUUUUCAUUAAUAUAGAACCUCUAGGCUGUGUGUCAUCAGUAGCUCUAUAUGUAAUUACCUUACUAAUUAAACCUCUAAAACUGGUCACAGCUUCAUAUCAAUGUUCUUUAAAAUUUGAUUUAACUUAUAUCUUCAGCUUGAUUCUUCUAUGUGGUUUUUUCCAUUCUCUCUCCUCAGAGUGAUUAAAACUUUAAUAGUCAUCUUUUUUUUUAUUUUUUUGACUUACUUUUAAGUCAGGAUACCUUAACUGUGUCAUUUUCUUCCAAAUUGUUUCUAAGGAAAAAUUUUGAGAAUUACAGUAGUAGCAGCAAUAGUAAUAAUAAUUCUGUCAUUGUGAAGAUAUUGCUUGUUAAUUUCUCAUUAUUUUAUUACAUAAAUAGUAAUUUCAGCCUUUUAACUUUGAAUAAGAUAAUUCCAAUGAAUUGGUUUGUUUUUCCGGAAGAAAGGACCAAUGCCAUCUAAAUUAUUUCAGACUGUUAUUAAUUGCUUCAUUAUUGAACUUAAAGAAUUAUUUCCUUAUAAAAAGAGAUCACAUGUCAGCAAGAAAACAGUGUUAUCACAUGAAUUUAAAAAAGGGAGAAAACACAAUGGCAUUGUGUCUGAAGGCCUAAAGAGGAUUGGACUAUUAACAUGAAGGCAUUUCUAUACUGAAGAAUAUCAGCUUUUGUUAUUUAUUUGUAUUACAUUGUUUUGCCUUAAAAUUAGUUUAAAAUCUCCAAGUUGGCAUUUAGGAACUAAUUUUUCAAGAUGAUAAGCUUUUAUAUUUCUUAAUUCUGUUUCUUUUCUGACUAUACAUUGAAUUUUAAGGCAAUCCUACAAUUUAUACUUUGAAUUUAAGUGUAUACAGAGAGAUGGGGAAAGAGGUAAACCAACGUUUCCUCAAAUGACCAUUAGGAGAAGAGAACUAUUGCCAACAUGGAAAUAAAAUGCUGUCAAUGAGUCUCUCUGAAAUUUUGAUCUCAAUUUGUAAUAUCAAGUUUAAAAGACCACAAAUAUCAAUUGUCUACAAUAAUUUUAAUUCUUUAACAAUAAAUUAUGAUAAUAUGCUUAUGUAUAGAACUUGUUUCUGUAACUCUGUUUCUGUAAUUCUUUUGAAGUUAAUUUUUUUUAUUUGUAUCAAUUUAAGGAACACAAGUGCAGUUUUGGUACAGGGAUAUAUUGCAUAGUGGUGGAGUCUGAGCUUUUAGUAUAACCAUCACCUGAAUAAUGUACACUGUACCCAUUUAAGUAAGUUCUCAUUCUUCACCCCCUCCCGCCCUCCCUCCAUCCCACCUUUCCCAGUCACCAGUGUCUAUUAUUUCACAUUUUAUGUCCAUGUAUACACAUUAUUUACCUUUCACUUAUAGGUGAGAACAUGAAGUAUUUGACUUUCUGUUUCUGAAUUGUUUCACAUAAAGACUUCCAGUUCCAACCAUGUUCCUGCAAAAUAUAUGAUUUCAUUCUUUUUAUGGCUGCAUAGUAUUCCUUUGUGUGUGUAUGCAUAUAUAUAUAUACAUAUAUAUAUAUAAUAUUUUGUUUAUCCAUUCAUCCAGUGAUGGACACAUAGGUUGAUUAACUGUAUUUCUUUUUAGGCCUGAUCAAUAACUGUAAAUUUUCUGUGGUUUGUGGAAAAUGCAAUUAAGUUACCUUAUUAAAAGAAAUAGUAAUGAAUCCACUUAAUUAUAUUUCUUCUACAGUUCAGAUCAUUAUAAAGUAUAAACUCUAGUAAAAGAAUUUCUCUUCAAAAAGUGCAUCCUGUUCUACAGUGAAAAAAAUUUUUUCCUGGAGAUUUAGGAUAUAAAUGUAUCCCCUGUGAAAUUAAUUGCUGUAAAAAAUACUUCAGAAAAUUACUCUUUUUAACUUUACCCAUUCUUUUGAAUGUUGCCCAAGAGUAGUAACUCCCAUGUCUGUUGGAAUGGUUAGUUAGAUUUGAAAAUGUAGCCAAAGUGCUUUUUAAAAUACCCUGGAGACAUUAGACUUGUAAAAUUCACAGGUUCUGCCAUACUUACAUAUUAGCUUUACAUUGCAAUUACCUGAUAGAUAACUGUCAUUAAAAUAAUCAUGUAAAGGCAUAUCUCUCCAAUGGAGCAGAAAAAAAAAAGGUUAUAAAGUCAUUCUGGUCGAUUGAACUUGGAGCCUUGAGAAUAUUUUUAAGCAAAUCUAACUAAAUAAAUGUGCACCCUGGAGAGCAGAAUGGCUUUUUGUUUUUAAUCCAUUAAAGGUCCUUUAAUUUCUUCACAGUUCUCCGUCUGUCCCCUCUCAACCAUUUCCCUGUAGUGAACUAACAUUUAUACAGUGUCAGUGAGAGAGUAAAAAUCUCCUUCUGAUUUCAAUGAGCCAUCAAAGCAGGUGGUUUAAAUAGGGUCCCAUGAAUUCCCAACCACAGGUCUUAAUCAGGGGCCAUGAGCAUCUAGGACUCAGUGUUUUUGCCCUGUCACUACAUAGGAGAUGGGAAGAGGGCCCUUAGAAAUGUUUAAAGAAGAAUAUAUUCUGUAUCUGUUAGGGGUUUUAUGCAUCAAGUGAAAAAACAAAAGUAAAAAGCUCAUGAGAUGUCCUAAGAAAGUUAAACAUUCCUGUGAAACUCAAUGCUCAUGGUGAACUUCCUUAGAAAACUAUAUAAGUAACUUUUAGCACUGAAAUGAAAAAUUGAGAAGGUAGUUUAUUUCAUUAUUAUUAAAAGAGUAUUGGGAGCAAACAGCUUAAGAGAGUAUUAUGGAAACAGACCCUGUUCUCGACUACAUUGUCAGUUAGUAGUGAUUGUGCUAAGAGAGCAGGUUCCCUGUGCUCAUCUCAUCAGACCUCAAGGAGCCAAGUUUAAUGAAUUAUAACCCAGUUUUUGUUUUUCCUUAAGGAAAGUGUGCUUGUAGCUGGUUGGAAUUCUCCAGAGUAGCAUGAAUUGGCCUCAUUCUCUGAGUUCCAUAAACUCUAAUACUAACCCAAUUUUUUUGUCCUUUCUUUUUAUAAUAUAAUCAUUCCGUUGUUAACCAGUGUUAUCUCUAUGUCAGUACAGACCAGCACUGGCAUUGUACUUGCCCUUAAAGAGGCGUGUAAAUUAUAACUAUAUAACUCAUUCUGUUUUAUGAAGUAAGAAGAGGGUAAAUAGAUCUAAUAUUUUAACAUCUACUUUCAUGACAGCCAUGGAUACUGCAAGGAAGUCACCUUUAGCUUAAAACUAUUCACCUUGUGUCAGAGUGGAUUGCCUUUGGUCUUCUUAGAAAAUUUUAACUCACUUGCCCAGUUAUCACAAGAAAAUGAUUUCAGCAUUGGAUAAUAACAAUUAAUCAAUUUAACUGCAAAAAGCUGUCGUAAGAUAGUACACAAUUCAUAAUAAUUUAUUCAGGUUUAUUUCAUUUUGAGAAUGGAAAAAAACUAAGGAUACAUUUUAUUUCACGUUAACUGAAACUCUAAUAUAGAUAUAAAUCAUCCCUAAUGUGGCCAUUAGCCACAGUUUCAAUGUGGUGGAACUCUUCACAUCUUUCUCUAAUAACUGAUAUUCAACAGUAGAAAUCUUUAUAUUCUUGGAUAUUUCAUUUACAUAUUAAAUUUGAUACUGAUAAUCUAAUUCCGUAGAAACAUAAUUAAAUAGCCAGAGACAGACCAAUUUGGCCAAAUGGUGGGAGGUAGCUGGUAUUAGGAAAGAAAAAAACAUGAAAAAUUCUAGCUCUGAGGUAAAAUUGGUUUGGAGUUCUUUUUUUGUUCUUGUUGUUUGUUUUCUUUUGCAAGUUCUCCAAGGUCUGAGAAUUUAUUUAAUCCUCUAUUUCCUUAUCUAUACAAUUGGGAUUCUCUAAGAUCCCCUUCUCAGAUUGUUUUUAAGAUUAAAUGAGCUAAUAUAAAUAUGACUAGCACCUGGCACAUAGUAAUUCCCAUUCCCAGUAAGCAGUUAAUAGUAGAUGUAUGUACAUCCCCCCACCACCAAAAAGAAACUAUCAAAUGUUUACUGGUAAUUACUAUGUGCCAGGUGCUACUACCCCCACCACCAAAGAAAAAGAAAAAAAAAAAAACUUUCAAAUGCUUACUGGGAAUUACUGUGUGCCAGGUGCUACCCCCCCGCCCCACACACACACAUUUAUAUAUUUGGAGCCGCUUAGAGAAGGCAGAGACAGAAUAAUUCCAAUGGGUAAAUACACUCUGGAACCAGAGAGACCUGGACCAGACUCAGCUUUUGGUGUUCUUCCUUUUUGAUCCUGGAGGUCCUCCAAAAUGACCUCUUUGAGCCUCAAUUCCUUUUUUAUAAAACUGGGAUGAUUUAACACACAGAGACACACAAUAAUUUUAGGAAUCUCCAGAAUUUGGACUGACUUCCCCUCUCUGGAUAAGACUACUUUUAUUCUUUAGUUUUGUAAUGAAAUAUAAAUUAUAGGAUAGCAAGAGAUUUCUAGUCUAAGAGCUUCCUUUCCCUUUAUCCUCUAGUAAUCAAGCUGAAAGAUAAUACCUGAAUAUUCCUUGCACUGUUCCUAGCUGUCUUCUGUCGUUUCACCUGUCUGUAGACCCUAGAACUACAAUUGCUCCUUCUGGGUUGGAGGUGAACUACAGAGAGUUUUCUGAGGCUUUCAUCCAUUCAUUUUUCUCCCCCUCACCCCAUACACACACAUACACUCUUUUCCUCUUAUACAUUCUUAAAGAGAGCCUUCUCAUAGUAGGACUCAGACUUUGAAACUGAAAUCCUAUAAAGGCAGGUUAUCAAAAUGUGAUCCCUACACUGUCAGCAUCGACCUUCCCUGAGAACUUGUUAGAAAGGCCCCACCCUGGACUUGCUGAAUCUCUGGAGAUGUAGCACAGCAAUUUGUGUUAUAACAGUUCUUCCGGGUGCUUCUUGAUACCUGAAAACCACUGCUUUGGACACAGUGCACUCAUCAAAAACCAAAUUUCAAAGGAAGUCUCACAGAUACUGCAAAUUUCUCCUCUGUUCACAUAGGUAGGCAUUUGGAAAAGGCCCAGAGAUUUUGGGACACCUUCUUAAAAAUCAGUACACACAGCAUCUUAAUGCCUUCAGCUUCGCAGGAGAAAUGAAUAUUUUUUGUGAUAUGGCAGUAUUAUGGCGGGUUGUGGGUUCUACAUAGAUUUUUAAAUGUCUCCUAUCAAUUUAUUUCAAGAUUAUUUCGAGUAAUCAGUGCUUGCUGCAUAGUAUGGUUUCAAUAAAUGACAAUGGUUGUUAUUAUUACUACUUUAAAACUAAUCAUACACACUUUAUUUAAAAACUUCCAUUACCUUUAUGUGUAUUAGUCACCUAUUAUUUAUAAGUCACUCUGCUAGUCUCUUGGAAAAUGAAAAGAUAAAUAAGACAUUCCUUUAAAUUCAGGGAGCUUGAAAUGAGGCUGAAGUUCAUGUGUGUGUUUGACCCACAGCUUUUUUAGCUUUUAUGAUGAUCAGAUACAUGUCUGAUUUUGCUUACCGCUGUAUACCUAGCACAGUACCUGGGUCUUAGUUGAUGUUUUGGGAAAGAUUUCUUAAAUGGAUGAAUGCAUGCAUGAAUCCAAAUACCCUGUGAAAGGAAAAGGUCCUCUGUCCUUUCUUUGUCUAGCUGGACUUUUUUCCCAAAGGAACCUAAGACCUUUUGUGUGUAAAUUGAGUAAGCCAACGGGAAAUCUCUGCACAGCGGAGACUCAGAAACACUAAUCCUGCUGUUUACACACCAUUAAGACUUAUCCAGGUGUCCUCUACACCCAGCUGCACACAGCAGUCUCAAGCUUGGCAUUUCAACCUGAGGAGGUGCUGCAUUUUUAAAUCCUGGUGCUAAUGAGACAAAAAAGUUUCCUAUCUCAUAGGCUCACCAUGGUCUAGCAGGUUUUUAAUGCGCAUAGGCCCUAUGUCUCAAAAGGAUUUGGUAGAUCAGUGGGCUUUUACAGUGUUUUAAUGUCUGACUAGGGUUUCUGUAAUAAAUUAGGCCAUUAUCCAGCAUGAUAAACAAUCAACUCAAUGCCAUUCAUUUGGAAAUCACAAUAAUAGGGAGAGGAGGGGAAGCUGUAGUUCUGUGCUUUGGCUUCAAGAAAACACAUUGUUUUCAGACAUUUUUAGGAGAAAUACUGUAAAAAGCUUUUUUAUUAAAGUCUCAAAAAGUGUGGCCAUUUAGAGCUUAAUCUUUAAAGGGCUGUGUGCUGAUACCUGGUGAAGCUAUGGGGUGUGAAAGGGGAUGGACUGUGCUUGUCCUUCACUCUGCUAAAAUCAAACUGUGGUUUGUUUCCCUAGCUGACUCUGAAGCAGGUUGACUCUGAAACUCAAUACAGUUUAACACACACACAAACCCACUCAGCUGAUUUGCAUAUUUGGAAGUGUCUUGAGGACCUUUAUUUGGGGCUACACUCAGGAAGCAGUCCAGACCUGAAAUUGCUGCGGUGGUGUAAUAAUUUAUCUUAGACAUAAGAAAACUAGAGCUCUUUUUGAUAAGCAUUUCAGAAAGUUCAUCUGAAAAGCCAGUUUACUCUCCUUAAAGUUAUCUCAUUGUUCUUUCUUUGAAUACUUUAGAAGGAAAAUAUUAUUGGACUUCUAAGCUGUUAGUGUAACUUUCUAAACCCCUUUAUAAACUACCUUACCAAAUAUGACAGUCAAUGACACCAAAAAUCAGGUACCCCAUCAUAAAGAAUGUUAUCCUGUUAUCCUUUUAUUCAUAUUCCCUCUCAUUCCUGCCUCAUUCUGUUCUCUAGAAUUAUAAAAAUGCUCAACUAUAUCACAUUGAUAUGAAACUCUGGUUUUUAUAAUAUUAUUUUGAAGGCUCUUUUAACGUAGGCAGGUAAAUGAGGCUGCCUUAUUCCUUACAAGUAGGAAUUUCCAUAUCAUAGAGAAGGACAUGCAUUUUGGAGACAAAUGGUACAAAUCCUGGAUCUUUUUACCUUGUGAUAUGAGGCACAUUUCCAUUUCUAAUCCUUGGUUUUCUCAUCUGUGAAAAGGUGAUUCAUGUCUACUACAAAAUAUUGAUAUUAGCAGUAAUUGAAAGCAAAUAUGUAAAGUGCCUAGCAUUAACACAGUAGGUACUCAAUAAACAGCAGUCAUGUACUACUGUGAUCAUUUAUCUUUUUUACAGAGGAAGAACCUGAGGGCCAAAGACUGUAAGUUAUCCCAGCAUUGCAAUGGGAUUGGACCUGAAAUGAACAUGAUGUGUCUAGUAUUCCUCCUUUCCUGACUCAGGACCUUCCUACACAUGAGUUGACCUUAGACCACUUAAUGCUGAAAGAAAUGUAUCCAUGUACCAAGUUAAAUGACUGCACCAAAUCAGUUUUCUUAGCUAAGGGUGGGUCUGAAGAGGGACUUCAAAAGAUGUAGGAACCCCCUGACAUAAUAAGCAAAUGUGUUGUGUGUGUGUAUAUGUGUAUUCUAAAGUAUCGUACCCCCAAAUAAAUUUAUGAUACCACUGAAUAAAAAUGGUCCAAGGUUUCUUGCAAAGCUUAGCUUCCCUGACUCUGCAACUGAUUCCUACUAUACUAGCAUGAAUUUUUUUUUUUUUUUUUUUUUUUGAGAUGGAAUCUCGCUCUUGUCCUCUAGGCUAGAGUGCAGUGGCACAAUCUCUGCUCACUGAAACCUCUGCCUCCCUGGUUCAAACAAUUCUCCUGCCUCAGCCUCCCAUGUAGCUGGGAAUACAGGCGCCUGCUACCAUGCCUGGCUGAUUUUUUUAUUUUUAGUGGAGACAGGGUUUCACCAUGUUGGCCAGGCUGGUCUUGAACUCGUGAGCUCAGGUAAUCUGCCCACCUCAGCCUCCCAAAUUGCUGGGAUUACAGGUGUGAGCCACUGCACCCAGCCCUGAGAUUAUUUCUUAAGAAAAUAACAGAUUAUAAACAUGUUCGAGUGACUAAACAAUCUAUUAAUACACUUAUAACUGCUAGAGAAAUGGAUUUGCUUUCCAUUUAAACUUAAAAUCUAUUUAUAUCUUCUUCAUGUCACAAACAGUAGGAAAAAAAUAUCACCUCAAGAUGAACCACCUGGGACCUGAGAUUAUGAUUAAUUAUUGCUAUAGCCACACCCUACAUUUGCUUUAUUGCCACUUUGUAAUGGCUUGUUUUCAUUCACAAAUAAAUUAUAGAUCCAAAAGAGUUUGACUGUGGGAACCAGGACCAUGGACUAAAUGCUCCUCUGGUUAUGAAGAGAAUAGAGAUUGCAGCAUCCUCUUAAAAUCUGAUCUCAAACGUGGUAAAGGUGGGGGUGGUUAUACGAAUCAGUAUACAUUAUUUUUAGCUCAGGAUUUGCCAACUAACCAGCUGUGUGGCUUUAGUAAAAUCCUUGACCAAUUUGAAUUCCACCUUCAUCAUUCAGAAAAUAGAGUUUGAAACUAAAUAAAGUACGGCAGCUGGGUGUGGUGGCUCGUGCCUGUAAUCCCAAUACUUUGGAAGGCCGAGGUGGGAGGAUGGCUUGAGCCCAGAAGAUGGAGGCUACAGUGAGCUAUGGUCAUCUCACUGCACUCCAGGGUGAGAGACAGAGAGACUCUGUCUCAAAAUAAUAAGAUCUGCACUUCCUUGCUGCUCUAGAAUUCCAUGGUGACAAGUACCAAUCUGAAAGCCAGGAACACACAAGAUGAUAUCUCACAGCUAUAAAAUCUCUUUGGGACUCAUCUAACUUGGCAUGUUCUACCACCAACUGUAAACAAUGACCAACCAACCUUUCAGCCUAACCUAAUCAUGUCUAUGCCCAUUUAUACUUACUUUGACAUCUAGAAAUCCCCUCCUCUCCCCAAAUUUUAUUGCUUAUAACAUGUCAAGAGAAUCACAUUUUUAAUUAUGCUUUGAGAGAACUAGGCAACAACGUUAGAUACUAUGAAACAUCAAAGACCUUUUUAAAAUCUUUAUAAGUAUGUCAUGUUGGAUGUGAAGACUCUUCACUUAGAUACAAUUUUAUAUCUGGCACUUUAGUCUUAGAUUCUACUUCAUGUGGUCUGGGACCAUGCCUAUCCUCUCUCACUCUGGGUCAUCGCUUUUCAGUAUGGCCUGGCACAGAGGAAGAACUCAGGAAAUGAGCAGUGAGUGUAGAAUGAAUGGAUGCAUGACUUGCCCAUGCAUCCAAACUAAACUCCUGUGUGGCUUUCUAGGACUACCUCUGCCUGACUCAGCCUUGCCACUGCAAACUACUCCUUUCCAUAAGAGCUGGUUAAUGUCCUCUUCCCAAGUGCCCACAUGCCCUAUACAAAUUCCAGAUCUGUGCCUCUGCAAUGUGUUGUUUUCCUGGUCAGAAAUGACCUUUCACCUUUCAUCUUUUCACCCCAACCCUUCCACAUGUCAGGACCUCUGCCGGUCGCACCUCAAACCACAGAGUUUUUUCUAAUUUCUCCCUUCUCUAAAAUCAUAUAUAAUCUCUGAUUUCUAUAAACAGAAUAAAAAUACGAGGCUGCUGUUAUUUGUAUAUGAUUCUUAAAAAUCAAGCAAGUAGAGACCCGGAAAGAUAAGUGACAUACCUCACAAUUUUUUUUUUCUGAUGUUGUUAUCUUGUUUAUGUCAGGACAGUGGUUUUGAGUCCUUUUAUCACCAAAGCAACUGGCACAAGGCUGAUCAGAUUACUGGUCACCACCAAAUAAUUGUUGAUUGAUUGAGAGUUAUGAUCUUCUUGUAUCUUUUUCAUCAAAAUACUAUGAUAUAAAGAAAGAGGGUUUCAGAAAGAACAAGAAUGAGGAUAAUUUUCCAUGCUAAACUAGAUUUUAAAAGAGUAAAAACUGCUAUAUUGGUGCCUGUAGUUUACAAAGAGAUAGGUAUUUAUCCAUAAAUAUUUAUCUCCAAAUUUUGAAUUUAUAAAUAUGUAUCCAAUACAACAUAGAAAUGUAUACAGAUAUCAAUUUGGGGAGGGAAGUGACAUUCUGGGUAUUUUGUACACACACACACACACACACACACAAACAUAAUUGUGUGUGUGUAUAUAAUGUGUGUGUGUAUAUAAUAUGUGCGUGUGUGUAUAUAUUUAUAUUUAUAAUUGUCAAAGUAGUUUCUCAAGGCUGAAUUGAUUUACUUGAGAUGGAGAACUGUGUGUACUCUGUAGUUGCACCUUGCAGUCAUUAUACUGGCAAACCCUUUUGUUGACAUCUGUCCCAGACCACCUUUCCAAUGUGUUCAUCUGUCAAAAAAAAAAAAAACUUGUAACCAACCUGUAAACAUUUCUGUUAGAUUUAUUAGAUUUCUCCCUUUUCCCCUCAAAAAAGACUUAGGAGACAUCUCUUUUUUUUGCACCCCUUCUGUUUCUUUGAAUAAUCAUUUCAUUCUGAUUUUGUCUUAUAUGUUUGCAGAAUUCCUUACUUCUCCUAGAAAUAACCCUUUUAUGAGCUGAAUAAAAUCAUGCAGUGUACUGUGGCUUUACAUUGACACUUAAAUAUUUUCCCUUUCCUCUCUUGCCAAAUCUGGCUUCUGUGCACUGCCCCCUAGCACUGCCAAGGUGUGAUGGUUUUAGAAGUACUGUGGUUUGGGAAAUGCAGAGGUCUGGUGGGUUGCUGGAAGACACAGUGUGAAUGUAUUCUGUAUGCUGAGACCUGGCUUUCCUGGACCCAGAGCCAGGUAAUUGCACUUGUGAGACAAGCCUUGAGGGAAAAAAGAAAGGAAAAAAAAAUGUACCCUUACUUUUCUUCACUUUAUAAAUAUUCUUAGGCCGUUAGGUUGAAAUACCAACUCGGAACAGGGUAGUAAGGGCCUCAGCAUAAUGAAAGAAUAAUGCCAUUUGCUUUAAAAUCUCAGUGGAGAUGAGAUUUACAGGCCGGGCUGUUAAUGAAUCCAUCAAAACUUUAUCUCUCAGUUGGGCUUCCUAUCAAGGAGGGAAUGCAUGUCACUCAAUAGUUUCAUCUCAGAAAAAUUGAAUCUCUACUGAUGGCCACUUUCUGGGCCCCCAGGCAAAUAAUUAUUGUGUUAAGACUGCCAGGUGGGUUCUGUUCUAGAUAAGAUUGUGCAAUUUUAUAUAGAAAUAUGUAAAUGCAAAUAUUACGUUUACAAGCCUAAUAUCAACCAUCCUGAUUUUUCAUUUAAAAACUUAAAAUUUUCAGAUGUUUAAAUUUCAGAUGUUAAAUUUCAGAUGUUUAAAGUAGUCUGCAUAGUAUGACUGAAGUUAUAAUAGAAUGAUUUGCAAAUAAGAAGCAUAGCUUCAUUGCUUGAGCAAAGACCCGCAUUUUUUUUUAAGUAGCCUUUUGAUAUGUGGUAUUUUUCUUCAAGACUUCUUUAUUUCCCAGGCAAUUAUUGCUAUUAAUCUCACACUGUAAAAUAAAUUGCAUGUUUGAGUGGAGAAAGCUGUUACUCAACUUAAAUGAAAACCUCAAAAUUCAGAUUUUUUUUUUCCAACAAAAGCAUCUGGGCCUGAUUCAGAUAGCAGCCAUCCAAGUUUGAAAAGGAAUCAGCACAGAUGUCCUUGAGAAUGAUUGCGCCCAAAGAGUGAGACAAUGGUGGUGCUUCUUACGUUUGUGUUUUGUUCAUCAAAGCCUCAUAGAAAUUUUCUGAAGACACAGAGUUUUGAAAAAUAUUAAUUUGUUUUAUUUGUGUCUUUAUUGGCAAUGCCUGUUGAUGAAUAUGUAGAGCUUAAUUCAACCAGCCUGUUGAGACUUAUGCACAAACAAUGAAGCAUUUGGCUCCAAAGUUUGUCUUUAUCCAUUCUGAAAAAAAAAAAAAAAAAAUCUAUUUGGGUAAAACAUGCUGAGCCUUUUCCCCUGCUACUUUUAGGUCUUAGGAAAAGAAAAUGCUCACCCAUCAAUAAAAUUCUGAUACCCAUAGCUGUAACCAAAACACCUGAAAGCACAUGUAAAGGUGUAACAAAAAAAGAUUCUCGCACAUUGGAUUGCAUCAUUGUAUAGCAGGUGGUGUAAGCUGUCACCAACCAGUACCGAUGCAGAAUGAAUAAGAUGGUUGCUAGGCUUUGGUCUGAAUUUUAUUCCAUUGUCUGUUUUUUUUUAAUCUAUUUUGAUUAGGCCUUUUAUGAAUUACAGUAUUAGAUGCUAAAUUAAAAGGCACAGGAGGUGAGAAUUGUAGGGUUACAUAAGGGAGGAAGAUCACCGAGGGAUGGAUAAUCAGAAACAGUUUCUUGGAGAAAAUAGGCCUUGACCUAGGCCUUGAAGAAUUAUAAACUCAUGGGGCAUGAUGAAGCACUCUCUAGAGAAAUUAAUGGCUUUGUAUAUCUUCCUUCAAAGAUGUUGAUCUCUGAGUAUAUACUUUGAAAACCCAGAUGUUAACUGCUUCUUCAUUUUUCUGUUUAAGCUCUCCAAAGAGAAUCCACUUCCACAAAAGCAUCAGUGAGUCACACAUAAUUUACCAGUGAUCAUCCUCUACAAAGGAAAGGGGUGGAAGCUAAUUUUUCACACCUCAAAUCAACCACAUAAAAAAAUAGUUCUAGACACAUCUACUCACCAAAGUUAUUUCCCAGCCAUGUAGCCACCACUGGCUUUUUAACUGACCCUUCACCAUUUCCCCCACCCCACUAUCCUUGCCCCAACCAAGUUUCUUCUUUCCUUUUUAGUUUAUCCUGACAAUAUCAAAUCCCCUCUUCUCUCCUUUCUUAAUAUUGACUCAGAGGGCACACAGCUCAACUUUACCCCGAAGUAAAUGUAUCAAAAUAAUCUCUCAACAAAGCAUCUUAGUAAUUAAAAUAGUCUCCAAAUCAUUUAAUACAUACGCAACUAAAAUGCAAGCUCUUCUGUAAAAUGUCAGUGUUAGCACUUACAUUGAUACAAAAGUUUACCCAACUUAAUCUAAACAUAAAUGUAGAAUACUGGCCCUUGAUAGCAAUGUAAAAGGGCAUUUGUCUCUUGUGGUAUCUGGAGCACUGGAUAUGACAAUUACUGUGAGAAUAGGAUAGGCUAGAGCUAGUUAUCUGGGAAUUAUUCCUGAUAAACCUCAUUUAUAUCUAAACUAAUCAUGUCCAUAGGGAUUCCUACAUGGGAAUGUGAUAUUGCUGUGGAAGACAACUUGUAAACCAUUGUUCUGAAAUACUAGGAAAUGCUAACACCCUCAGAGGGAAGUUAAAUGAAUUAAAGAACAAAAGUAAUUAAGUAUCAUGAAUAUUUUUCAAGUUAUUACACUUGCCUGAGAUAACAUAUUUCACGACAAUUAAAAAGGAAUACCUGUUUUGAUGUACAUUUGUGAUGAUAUAAAAUUUAGGGGGAAAUGUGGAUAAUAUAUAGAUACUAGGUUUGGUCUGAAUGAUAAACCUAGAAUAAAUCUUACAUAUUUUCACUGAAUACAUUAUUCCUUAUCUCAGCUUUUCUCUUGGGAAAGCUUUUGUCUUGGACUUGCUCUGAUAGAAUACACUAAAUGAAAAAAACAAGUAAGUUGAAAGGGAAAUCUGUUUUCUGAAGUUGUUUUAAAAGUGCCUGCACAUAAAUUUACAGUGCUGCAAGCUGCUGAGCAGUCUCCUUAGACUUUCUCUUGCUUUCAAGCUAGGAGGGGUGUGCGUGAGUAAUACCAGUAAGUGAGAAAUGAUCCAGGAUUUUUAAGGUGAUAAUCCCCUGAAGGUCCUCGUCCAUAGUUGACUCUAAAAGCUCUUGUUGCCCAAUACUUCUAGAAGCCCAAUACUUCUAAAGAUUAUUUCCCAGUAAUCUAAAUGUCACAAGUAUGGUUGAAGUUUAUUAUCUCCCAUUCUUUCCUCAGGGAAAACUGAGAAUAACCAGCUUUCUUCUGCAUAAUUACAAAGGUCUCUAAUGCAAUGCAUUUUUAGAAACCAAGGCUUUCCAUGGUGGAAAAAAAAAAAAAAGGCUACUCGUGUUCUGUUGCUCAUUGCAUGUGAUGUUGUCUUUCUCUAUAUUAGAAAGACAUAGGAUUUUAAGGGAAGGCUGUAUAGAUUCUAACAUGGACUUUUUGUUUCAAUUGUUGAAAAAUUAAUUUGUUUAACCAUACUUUUUCCCGUGUAUGAUGUAUUCAAUACGACUAUAUUUAGAGGUUUGUCUUGAGGAUUAAAUCAAAUAAUACACUUUAAGUAUAGCAUGCAGGAUAGGAUAGUCAGUGGACAUAGUAGGAUAUUCAAUGAAUGUCCUUUCCUCUUUUUAAAUAUUAAGGAAAAUUAUUUUGGAUAUUUGUUUAAAGUAGAAAAAAAUUAUUUUAAAUUUCCAAGAAGUUCUUUUCCUAAUUACUUUCUUUCGGCCAAAUCUUGCUAUUGGGCCAUACACCUUACCUUGGAUGUUUUAAAUAAUUACUGGGUUAGUCAUUUGUCAGCCUCUGGCACAUUCUUUCAUUUUGGCCAUUGGUAAACUGAGGCCAAGAUAAAUUAACUUACUAUUUGAAGGAAGCAGCAUGGAGUAUUACAAAGACCAUAAGUUUUGCAGAAUUGAAUUUGAAUUUUAGUUGUAAUUGACGUUGUUAGCUGUGCAAUUCUGGACAAGUCAGUGGAAUUCUUUGAGUCUCAGUUUUCUUUUUGAUAAAAUUAAGAUGGAUACUUUUUUUGGAAUAUUUAAAAUAUUUAAUUUGCAUAUUUGAAACAUACGUUCAUUGCUUGUAUAAAGUUAAAGUUUAUUUUUAUACUUUAAGAUACUUUCAAAGCAAAGUGAGUUUUCUUUAUGAAGUCUACUUGAAGUAAUAAAUGACUGAAUGAAGUAAUAAAUAAAGUAAUAUAUUCUCUUCCCUUAUAUCUUGAACCGCCUCCCAUACUCCACCCCACUGCACCACGUUCUUCCUCUUAACAGUCACACACUAUUAAUAUUUGGUAGUUAAUCUCAACCCCGGUGUGUCUAGAGAAGGUACUCCAAUAUAAGAAUAAUUUGGAGAGAUUUUUCAAAACACAGGUUUUCAGGCCCUGCACAUAAUUCAAAUAUCUGGAGUGAGGACCCUGUAAUCUGUCUUUUAAAUCCGUUUCUGUUGCUCAAAUUUGAAAAACCUGUCCAGGCUCAUUGUUCUUUCUUCCACUCCUGUACAUAAUCCUACACUACAUAGUAGUUGGGAAACCACAUAAAAGUAAUUUAUAGUUAUGAAAAUAUUAUGUUUUCUAGUCCCUUGUGCCUGAAUUAGCUAUAAACAGUAUCCCAAAUGAAAGAAAACUGCAGGUUACAUACCACUUACUGAAACCUCUUAAAGUUGUCAGAAAGAAUGGCUGUCAAGUUGGGCCAAGUAAGAUUUGAAUAGUAGUCAGAAAAGCAAAAUGCCUUUGGGUAUUCUGCCAAGGCUCCAACUCUUAUUUUCCUCGAACUAUAAUAAGUUUUUCAUGAGAUAUCUUGGAAAUAACCAGUCUGUUCUUUCAAACAAAGUGUAAUUUGAAAUAUGUAAGACAGUGCAGCUUAAAGGUAGGCUAUUGCUAUUCAGAAUGUACUCUACGGAAUGUACUUUACUGCAGUGCAAAGCUAGAUGAAUACACUCAGCUUCUGAUGGUAGCUUUCCAUUGGGUUUUACUAGUAUUUUUUCCUUGCACUGCUCUGUGGAUUUUAGCAUUUGGAUAUGCUUAGAUAUUGGAACAGAUCUUACAGGAAGAUGCAUUAAUAUAUGAGAUGUUACAUUCCGUAUUUUUAGCCAGUUAAGUGAAAUACCAUUUUGACUUCUGAUAAGAAAAAUGUGUAUGAUCUCUUUAUUUGUUGUUAAUCCACUCUGUUUUUCAUGGCUAUUCAAAUAAUAAGCUCCCAGGUCUCAAAGUGGAAAAUAAAGAGAAACAUCUAUUGCUAUAUCUGCCAUGCUGAUUUUACACAAUUUCCUGAAAAUGGAAGUGAUUCUCAAUCUUGUCUUUUGCCAAUGAGGAUCUUAAAGAGGUUUCAGAUUAAAAAUGUAGUUAUCAUUUAAGUUAAGAAAAUUGUACUCAAUGGGAAAAUUUCAUUAAAAGCAUUAUUUUGGGGAAACACACAGUGUGAAUAAAAUAUAGAAAUUGGAAAAAGUCGAUGGAGCAUGUGUUGCGAAAUUAACAGUUUAUAUUGGCAGGAAGUUCCUGUACUGUUUUCUCUUUAAUUAUGAGAAUUUCUCAUUAGGUUCUAUUUAAAGCUUGCUAUAAUUGACUUACAUAUUAAAGAAAAUAACAGUGACAAGUACAGAUUAGGAUGCCUGCUUUUAUGGAUAAGAAUUUGUAUAGGGAACCUCUUUUAGCAAUUUAUCCAGUAAGGGAUAUGCGUGGUUGCAGGGAAAGUUAGACAUCUGAGUUUAUCACAGAUAUGAAAGGGAUUUCUUCUUUAAGCUCAGAGUCCUGACAUAUGAAUAUGUGAUGAUUUGUGUUCUAGCUUUAUUUUUAUAUGGUCCUAUUCCUUGCAUGAAGCUAAGAUGUGAAUAGAAAUGUUACUACAAAAGACAUCUGACAAAUAAUUUCCAGUACUGUCUCUUCUAAUAAACCAUAUUUCACUUUGUAAAUUUGGAAGUAAAACACACAACUUAAAUGAAACUUGUGACAUGGAUACAGAGAAAUUUAAGUGACCUGUUCCACUUCAAAUAAUAAUGGAGUGUGCCAUUGGCAAACUUGGACAUGAAGGAUUAUUUCUCUCUGAGCAAUUAUAGCAUGUUAUUACUGUGCUCUCAUGCAGAUUUUCAUUAUAAAAAUCCUCACUGGCAUCCUACUGUGAAAUUGUUUUGUUCAGUAAGAUGUUGAAGAAAUGUGAGCAUAUAGAAUGUGUAAAAGUUUCGUUUGUGCAAGUAGUCAAUAUAUACAGAUAGUCCUCAGAUAGCAGAGAAUAAAAUCAUUACAAAGCAUUUAUUCUACAAAGAACUGCUCCUCUUAUAUGUGUCACAGCAUCUUCCUGGGUAUAUGGGGUCUUCAAUAGUGGACACUGAGAGUGAAUUAAGGUGUAUUUACUAAGAACAUGCCAAGUUAGAUGAAAGAGAUUUCCAUUUAGAGUGAAGAGUUUUGGGAUUAACAGCUGUCUGCUUCUUAGCACAAUAUUUUACAAAGCCUUUCAUGAUAUCCUUGUUAGAUGGCAAGAGGAAAGGACUCUAUUUCAACUAAAAUGUUAUCAUUAAUAUGUGUAUGCCAGUUGAUUUUAGGUGAUAUUCAGAUGAACAUUUUCUUAAAUGAAUACUUUCUAUUUCUGAAAUAUGCUACUGGUUUUUAGUUCAUGUUAUUGAUUUUCUAUUAAAUUCCUAUUAAGAGGUAAAAACUGAGUCUACUUAAGGAAAACUAUCAAGAAAGUACUGACACAGGUAGUGUGUAUAUAUGAAUGAGAAAUUAAAUUUGACAUUUUCUAAGAUUUUUUCCAACUCUGAGAUUCUAUGAAAGACAAAUAUAACCAUCCUUCUUAAGCGGUAAAACAGAAUUCAGAGUAAUUCAGUUGUUAAAGAUCUUGUACCAGAACCUAACUCUUUUUGACAAUCAAAGAAUUGACAGAAAUAUGACCCUCCAUUGGGGUCUGAGCAAACAGGCAGACAUAUUUUAAACUUUAAAAAACUAUUUUUUGAUUAUUUUAACGUAACAACAAAAGAAAAUGAAAUAAGAGGGACAUUCAAGGCUCCUCACAAUUCAAUUAGUCAGAGGAAAGAAUCAUUUUCAUUCUUGCUUAAAGUUGUUUCCCUCUUGCCUUUUUUGUCUGAUAGGGGAAAGAGUAGAUUUUCUCCAUGUAUAACAUUCUAGAACCCAUUUAAAAAGCAUUUCAACUGUCAUAGUGUAAAGCUAUGAGUGACUAGUGCCUUUUGCCUGGUCAAAUCCUUUGGGGCCAGUUGUGUCUCCUGGCCAACAUUCUAUUCACCUUGCAUCUCUAUAUCCCAAGGGUAUCAAGAACUUGGACCAUUUUCUCCCCUUCUGGCAACAACCAUCUGUCCUUCCACCUGUGUCCCUUGCCUUUCAGAUCAUUGCUAGCACAGCUUUCUCCUUCAGUUUUCUAUGGCUAAAAAGACAUUCGCGUCCUUUGGAGUGUUUUCUAUUGUUACUGCCUAUAAAAACAAAGGCACUAUUAAGAGUAUCUUACUCUCUUUUUCCUUUUUAACUACAGAAAGUCAUUUAUGUUACCAUUAGCAAAAAUAAUGAAUUAUGAGGACACAGGCGUAUCUUACAGAUUUUAAGGGUCCUUUCGAGGGCCUGAUGAAGGGACAGAAAAGCCGAUGAGAACCUUGGGCAGCCAUGUUUUUGUUCUAUUUUUUUUCCUCCCUUUUUGGUCUCUCCUGUAUGUUUUAUUUCCAUGUGUGUUGCAUUUAGAUUUUGUCUCGCUGCUUAGGAAUUUAUCCGUUUAUUUUAAACUAAUAAGCCACACUCAGUUGCAAAUUUUCUGAAAAUGGUAUUGGUCAUCUUGAGUGAGUUGUGUAUCCUGAUGUACAGGAGUAGCUGGAGAUAGGUGUCAAGGUACAAACUUGGCACCUUAGUGUGUACAACAUGUGGAUGGGAAGAGGCAACAAUUUUCAGAGAGAAGAGGCCAUUGCAGCAAGACAGACAACACCCCCACUUACUCCAGGGGUUAAAAAAAUAGUAAAGCAAUAGAAAUUAUGAAAACCUUAAAACACUUAUAUAUUUCUUGUUUACCUAAAUAUUAUUGUCUUUGAGAGUCCCUGAGAAACUCGAAUCACCUCAUUUCUCUGUUUAUCUUGGUUAUUGAAUCAACUAGAAACCUACCUUGAAACCAAUCUUAUCCCGUCACCCUCACCCCUCACCCUCACCCCCACCCCCACUUUUGGGGGGAAUAAAUAUCUAGACCUAUGGCUCCUCUUAAGGCAGGAAACAAUGUGUGCUAAGUGACUGCAUGGUGACUCUUGUGCCUCAAUUAUUCAUUGCAUGUAUUUUUAUCUUAGAAACCAUUUCCGUGGUCAUCUCUAUGUUUCAUAAUCUAUUAUAGUGGUUCCUUUUUUCUUUCCUUUAUAUUUUGAACCCUAGGAAUUAGAAAGAUGAUGAGUAAAAGUGAUGGCUAUUAAAACUGGUAACAUUCCACUCUGCUUCAUUUCUUCAAAAAUAACAAUGAACACUUUAAGAAGAAAAGCAGUGAAUAUUUUCUAGGCAAUCACAUUCUAAGGGCCUUAUUUUAGAAGAUGUACUGACUAGGAAAGUUCUUGUCUUUCAAGAAAACAAAAAUCUGUUGUUUUUGAGCAUAUUUUGGUCUAUUUCAUUUUAGACACCCUCUGCCAGUGAUUUCGCAACUCAAAUGUGUGGAAAAAAAAACCUUAGUUUAAUCUUUGAUAUUGAUUUUUUAAAAGGAAUGUGAACUAGUUUACUUACCAAAUAAUAAAUGGCUCUUUAAGCAUGAAGGUGAUGAAUCUCAUCAAAAAACAGAGUUUAAAAUCAAAUAUUCUUUAGAUUAAAAGGGCAUCUUUAAGAAAGGCUAGUAGGUUUCAAUUUAUGUGCGGAAUUUGACAGCGUGGUGCUGGCAGCCUGAAAUGUGAUGUUGAGAAGGACUCUGAGCCUACUGUGACUGAAGCAAGAAAGAAAGUCAAAAUAGUCAUUAGAGGUGACUACCACAGGCUGACUUAUCCCGUAUAUUUCAUCUGUAAUCUAUUUUCUGAGUUCCAGAGAAGAAAAAUAUUUUGACCACCAAGGAAACUAGUAUUUACUGAAUGUUUCCUAGCCACUCAGUACCUUGUUAAAAAGCAGUGGAGAAGGGAGGUCCAAAUAUGUAUUUAAAACAAACAAACAACAACAAAAACAAAAACAAAAAAACCUUUUUUUUUUUUUUUUUUUUUUUUCUGUCGA